GGAGCAGUCUGGGCUGCAGCCUUGUGACAUCAUGCUGACGGCUCUGGUAGCAGCUGCUGCAAUAUAGGAGGGCAGUCUCUUUUCUCCUCUCCUCUGAGACUGUGAAAGGUUUUCUCUAUAAGGAAUCCUGCAGUCGUCAAGUGGUCUGCCACAUCUCUCCUUGAAACUAUUCGCUUUCUGUGACCUACUUGACGAAAAAAGUAAGUUACAAUCAUAUCCCCUGUCUUCCUGGCACUGAAUGCACAAUAGUGCGUGACGCUGGCCCACAGCCUACAAAUUAGGGGCAUUCAUAAAAUCUCUAAUCUUUUCCAUGUGGCUCAAUUCUGCUAAUUCCAUAUGUACUAAACUGAACAACUCUUUGCCUGGCUACGUAAAAAUCUUAAUCUGGGAUUUAUUCACUAAACCCUAAAUUCCAAAGUGAAAACCAAAUUGCAAAAUUUAGGCUAGAAUAGCCAAUCCAGUAACUCAAGGUUAUGGAUCUGGAUUUUUUUUUCAUAUCAGUACAGUUUUUUUGCAACUUGGUUUUCACUACAGUUUACACUUUACAGUGUAUUUUAUUUAAAUGAUAGAUUGUAACCAUAAUUGUGUGUGUACUGGGUGACUUUAAAAACCCUGUUUUGCCUAUUUGGAAUUCUUUCAUUAAGUAUAGCCUUAUUAGGUUAACUGUGUUUCUCUCUCUAUAUAUAUAUAUAUAUAUGGCUAUACCUAGAUGGAUAAUCUCAUUCUUCAGCCGUAACGGACUACAACUCUCAUUAGGGCUGGCUGGAGUUGCAGUAAACAUAAUACCAUAGUGUAAUUAAUGCUUCAACUAACAAUACUUGAUUUACAGGCAACUAAGAAGAGUAAAUUGUUAAUUUAUGAUCAUUAGAAAAAAGAACCAUACGUUUUUGUUUUUUUAUUCACCUCAGAAUUAAAGAUUUUACUACAUGCCAGGAUGGCAGAUUUAAAUUUACUGUGAUAGGGACUGGGUGUGUCACUGUCCUUGCAUAGACUCAGAGAUAAUUCGGGAUCUGAUUGCAAAUCAAGCAUAGGGUUACUGCAAUUUUGCAUACAGGUUGUUCACUUGCUUUUUCCUUUUUUUAAAUGUAAUUGUAGCGUUUUAAGAUGCAGUGCAAACUUGGCUGAUUUUGUAAAAGUUAUUAAUAGUUACGCUAAAGAUGCUGAUGCAUCAAUAAGCGGAUCUAAGGGAAAAUGCAGAAUUUACCAUUUCCUUUUCUGUGAUACAGCAAACUGAUGCAAAAUAAAAUGUGGUGAUUUGUUAUUCAGAAACUAACACAAACUAGACUUAAGUAUCAUUUAUUAAAGGCCUUCUUGUAAGUUGUUCUUGAUACUAGUAAAAGGUUAUUUGAUCUUUAUCUGCAGUGUACUGGUAUACAUUACUUUGUUCUGAUGUUUCUUGAUAAACUAAAGGCAAAUAGCUAACAGUAUGUAAAUGAAUGUAUCCUAUAACUGUCCUAAGGGUGUGGUUCUUAGGGGUUGCAGUCCUACUUUCAAUUACACCAUUCAUUGAGCUAACACAGCCCCAUAGGCUUGCACUCCAUUUUUAUAUUGCCAGUACGUGUUUGUUAUGAGUUUGUAUGUCUAUAUUCCUCAAAAUGUAUCCACUAUCACUUACGAAUUAACUUUCCACUGUCGAAUGUGAUUUCUCAGAUCAUCACAAUUAGUACAUCCUUACUCAUAUCAAAAUGUAUCAUCUUUGAAUAUCUACCCUACAGGUUUAUUCACUACAGUGAGAGUUGCUGGUAAUUCAACGUGAAUUUCAAAUGUAAGGCCAUCAUAGCUAAACAUAGCAUAGCAGAUUUGGAGAUUUUUGCCAGUUCAGCUACUUUAGCCUUAAAGUUUAAAUUCCCAACAAUGACCACUUUAGUUAAUACCCUGCUAGUGUACAUUCUAAAUCACCCAGGCUAUUAUGCACCAUUCAAUAUUUCCCAUCAGAGGGAUUAUCUCCUCCAUCCCACACAUCAGUAAUAUCCCUUUACUUUCAAUUUAAAGACCAUAAAAGAGAGAGGGACACUCCCCAUAUAUACUGAAACAACUGGUGGUCAGAACUGCCUUCUCUUACGCUCGCCACCCAGCUGGAUACAGCUGUUGGGUUUGUCUUGUCACAUAGUCCACCAAACCCAACUACCAUGCCCCUUUCCUGUAAAAUUUAGAUCUUACUCUUUCCCUCUCACCUCAUUAUCCCUACCUCUCUUAUGCCCAAGCCAUUUGUAAUCCUUGGAAACUUAAAGGGACACUAGAGGCACCAAAACAACUUUAGCUUAAUGAAGCAGUUUUGGUGUAUAGAUCAUGCCCCUGCAGCAUCACUGCUCAAUUCUCUGCCAUUUAGAGGUGAAAUCAAUUUGUUUAUGCAGCCCUAGUCACACCUCCCUGCAUGUGACUUACACAGCCUUCCUAAAUAUUUCAGUCAUUUAUUGAUUAUACUUAUUUACUGCAAAUACUGUUUAAUUUAGAAUUUCUUAUCUCCUGCUCUGUUAAUAGUUUGCUAUGCCCUGCAUGAUCCUCCUGUAUGUAAUUAAAGUUCAAUUUACAGAGCAGGAGAUAAACAUCUAAAUGAAAAUGAAACUAUUUUUUUUUUUUGUUAUGCAGAAUGUGUCAGUCACAGUCAGGGGAGGUGUGGAUAGGGCUGCAUGGACAGAAACAAAAGUGUUUUAACUCCUAAAUGACAGUGAAUUGACCAGUGCAACUUCAGAGGCAUGAUCUAUACACCAAAACUGCUUCAUUAAGCUAAGUUGUUUGGGUGACUAUAGAGUCCCUUUAAAUUUACACUUUAACAAUAACUCUCUACUACAACCAAUUCCCUCCCACUCAUUUCCUACUAUGGCUUGUCUCAGACCUAAUCUACCCCACAUUAAUAGUGAUAUGCUUUAUUCUAUCCUUAGUUUAGGUUGUGAUUUUAUUUCACCCAAGCUUCUCUAUUCUAAGAUAUCUUUCCCAGAAUACUCCUCUCUUUCACUAAUCACUGCCACAUCCUUGACUUUUGCCCUGCCCCUUCCCUUGAAGUAUUUUUGACUCUGCAGUCCCUUCCUCUAAAUCAGGGGUUCUCAACGUUAGUCCUCAGGACCCCCUACCAGUCCAGGAUUUGGGGAUUACCUGGGUGUGUCUAAGGUGUUUAGAAAAAGAAAAAAAAAACACCUUAGAGUCUAAGGUGUUUUUUUCCCUUUUUCUAAACACCCGAUACACACCCAGGUAAUCCCCAAAUCCUGGACUGGUAGGGGGUCCUGAGGACUGGGUUGAGAACCCCUGUCUAAAUCUCUUCAUCCAAGAUAUCAUAUCCUAACUCAGUGCUAGCAAAAAAAAGCUUCUGCAAUUCAUCAUUUAACGUUUUCUCCCCUCACUCACUGCAACCCUUAUUCACCCUGGAUUACGAGCUAGAUCAUUCCCCUCUGUUCUUCAUCACCACAUCUCCAAUUACUGCAUCAGAACAUCUGAUUUUUCUAUUAAAAUUGUCAAUGUUAGAGCAUCCAUCUAUACCCAAGCCCCUCCACAACCUCUAUUCAUUACCCUUAUCUCCUUCACUAGAGUGUUUAUCAAUUUCUUACUUUCCUAAAGCUAUAUAUGUUUGUGUUCUACAUACAAUACCGUAUACAGUAUUAUCGUGUAUUACUAUCUCAUAACAAUAACCCAGUAUCAUUACACCUAAAUAUAAGAUUCAACAUUUUCUGUAUAAUAUUUCAAAUGUUAUUUGCUCUGAAUAGUUAAUUAUUUAUUUAUAAAUGACAUUCAGUUAUGUACUGUAUUUUUUAAUUUAUGUUUUUGAAAAUUGAUUACUCAUUUAAGUAAUUAAACCAUUACUUAACACUUAUGCCAGCUAAAUAUCAACUACUAAUAAACAUUUAAAUGUGAAUCACACAAUACAGAUUUUUAUUCUAGUAAUAGUCAGGGUCGUAUAAAGAUUUUAAUAAUCUUUAUCUUCACCCAUAAGAGGCAACCAAAAUAGAUCUGUAUAGUGGACAGGAAAGGGUGUUAUUUAGGCAGUGUCAAAUUAGUACAAAUAUUAAUUUGGAAUAUGUAGUGUGGUAUACCAAAUAAAUGUAAUUUUUUAACACAAGUGAAUGCAUCACAAUUUCUAAACUACUGAUCUUUGAGAACUGGGCUUUAAGAAAUUGUUUUGUUUUUUUCUUGUAUUAUUAGCACAUAUUAACAGCAAAUAAAUUGCUUGCAUCAAGUUUUCAUUCAAAAUAUACCAUAACACUAUCAAAAUGUAAAAUUUUAGGUAACAAUUAAGCUUCAAAUUAAACUGGUUCAACCAGCAACACACCAAUGUGUACUAUAGGGAAAGGAAACUGAUCUAGAACACACUCUGAAUAUAACAGUAUUCAACAAGGUCAAUAUUAUACAAUAUUCCAUUUGAAGAAUAUGAUUUUAAUGGAUUAACAUCUUCAGGCAUGGUAUAUUAUAUGAACAGCUCCUAAUGUCAUAUGAAUUCCCCAUAGUGUAGCAAUAUUCAAUAAUAGGUGUUUGACACAGAGAAACAUUGUAUUACCAUCUUGUAAUAGGUAGACUAGUAUAACGUGGCAGAUGUCACAGCAGCAUAUCACUAUCUUUGUAAAUAAGAAUUUGCUCCUUCCAGCCAGCACUAAAAUCAUUGUGUGUGUAUAAUGUGAAAUAUGGUACGGCCAAUAAAAUAAAUCACCCAAAGAUGAAGAGAACAUGGGGGGUGAAUAGAUGUAUGAGUGACACCUGCAAAGAUAAAGAGAGAAAUGAAAGUCAUGGAGUGUCACAUUUAUUAUUUAAAACAGGUGGGUGAUAGCAGACCAAGUCGGCCCAGGUGCCAACUGUCCUGCGUACUCCUCUGUUUAUGUCUCCCAACAUUGAAAGAUAUGAAUGUGGAACAGGUGAAAACGGGUCAUGACCAAGGCACAAUGUUCAGUGGGACUGCCCGGUGUGUGGGCUGCCUGUAGGUAGAACCCUCCUCUCUAACAAGGACUGUACAGACAGAAUAUACCUAAUGAUGUCUUCACACUGUGCUUCACAAGCCACCUCUAGCUUCUACACAAGCCGACAAUCAGGGAACAAACACAGGCAUGGCAGGAGGCCUAAAUGUUUCUAAAUCCUGGAAUGUUGAAAGUAUAUGUGAGUACUUGUAAAUGUUCAUGUAUUGCAUACAAAUUCACCAUUUGACCAGAUGGCCUCUAGUAACAUGUUUUGAAAAUAGAAUAACACAAUUUAGGUCAAAAUAGCUCAAUGAAAACAAAAUCCCCAUUUAGUUCGUUUUUCCAGCCAUCCUAUAUUUGCAAUUCUAAUAUCAACGUCCCACAACUCUCUGCUUAAACCCCCCCAUACAUUUCUCUGCAUAGAUACAGCUCAUGCAGCAAUGCAUACUUUUAGGAUAUACUUUUUAAUGGCAGCAUAAAACCCCCUCCUUAUGUUUUAUAGUGGAGAAAUAAAGACAUAUCCAGAAAGCAUACUUAAAUAAAAUCAGACACUAGAGAUGAAACAUCUAUGUAUCAGUAUUAUAGUGUCAUUUAUUUAUAACUAGAUAUGUUUUCUAUUUCAGUGUAAUCGAUACUGUCAUAUAUUUUUCUGUACUUUCUUGGGAUCACAGAUACAUUUUAUCUGCUUCUGAGCAUGGUCAUGACAAAAGCCCGGUCACCUUACCAGGUCACACUGUGGUCGCUGUAUUAAAGGCACAUUUGCAAUAUUUAUUUCUUAGUUGCCUGAGCAUUGUAGUAGGUGUGUAAGAAAUGACUGCUCUUUUCAUGAAACCUGUCUCAGAACAGCCUACUCAGAGCAGAGAUCAUCUUGUGAAGUAAGUCUUUUCAGGUACAAUUUCCAUAUGCACUAGAACACAGCAAAGUUGUAUGGAGAAAAUAUUUUUCCACUUAUGGUUUAAAAAUAGAUCCCUGUUGAACCAGCUUCAGCUUCUCUUCCAUGUAGAAAUUAUACAGUCAGCCUACAUGGGGGAGUUAGCAGGACGUAAUGUCAGGAGCUGCAGUGCCCAGUGAUAUAUAUAUUAUAUAAUGAUGACUAAUACAUCAACACAUUUGAAUCUAAAGCUGGACUACUAUGACUGCUGAAAUAGGAGGCAUCCAAAUAUUGACUGUCCCACAUACUAAUCUGGGGUCACCAUAACUUCCUAAUGGCAAAUACAACAGAUACAAAAUUUUUUAUAGAAUUAGACUGACAUUUAUAAUUCACAUAACCUCACUCUAUCAACCCAUACUUAGGUGGGUGUGAGAUUAUAGAGAUUAUGUUGUAUAUAAAGUUGAAAGAACAUGUCAGUGAAAUGGAUAUGGUGCCUUGAGUCCACUCCUGCAUUCUUACCUUCAAGUGUUGAAUUGUUUUUUAAUGGUUUAACACUUCAAGGGAUUAUAUAGUGUUAGGAAUACAAACCUGUAUUCCUAACACUAUAGUGCCCCUUAGUCCCCACCUUCCUUGGGCCCCUCACCCCUCUGUGGAACAUAAAGGGUUAAAAAUAUUACAUUUUCUCACCCGAUUCCAGCGCUAAUGUCCCUCGGUGCUAGGUCGAGGCUCUGCCUUCUCCUACAUCAUCCGACGGGGGACCUAAUGCGCAUGUGUUGGAUGAGCUGCUAGCGCAUGAAACCCUCUUCAUAGGAAAGCAUUCAAUCAAUGCUUUCCUGUAGGGAUUCUACUGUUUGAUAUAUUACGUGAGGAAAUCCAGUGUCAGUUAGGCGACUUACAGUCCGCUAAACUUAGAAGCGCCUCUGGUGAGCUGCAGUGGUCUGGCAGUCUAUAGUGUCCCUUUAAGAGUCACCAGGCACAGGUUCAGCUUCCUCUUCUCUGUUGCUCCCAGAAGCAUUUGUUUGAACAGUGGUAGCGUGUAGUGGUAAUGCUUGCCAAACAUAGUGUGUAAUACUUAUAAAGUUAAUUAUGUGCUGCUAAACUGCUUUUGGUGCUUGCAAUGUUCUUUAAUAUUUGAUAAUACAAAAUAAUUGUAAAAUAUAUUGUAAGGGUUAUUUAUUAAAGUGUGAAUUGCUGGUAACACAAAGUUAAUUUAAAAAGAAUUUCACAUUUUUAGCCAAAAUAGCCAAUUGAAAAAAAAAAAAAAAAUUUAAUACAAGUAUUUUGAUCUGCAUUCAAAUUCCCUUUGAAAUUCUCACAUCUCACACUUUAGUGCACACCCCAUAUAUAUUUGUAUUGUAUAGUACAUAACAAAUGAAGAAAGAUGUCUCAAAUGAAUUUGUGUUUUAUGGCCACUGUUUUUAUUUGCUCAAAUCUAGCAUUACAUUUCCUGGUUACACUUUGACAAUACAGUUCAGCAACCAAACCACUCUGUGAGGCAGUUUAUUAAACCAAGAUUGUUAAAUGUUCUCCCUCAUAACUUUAAAUCAUCUAUACCUUUCGUAAAAUAAUUGCACAAACAAUUUACAAAAGCUCUAUAUAUAGUGCAUAAUAUUUUUCAGGUCAUAGUAAGAGGGGGUACAUUUGUAUAAGAGAUGGAAGACACUGUGGAUGUGUACAAUAGCAGCUUUAAAUAUUUAAUUUGAUUUGCUAGUUGGUUUUGUGUGCUUGUCUUUCACACUCAGCUGUUCUGAAAUAUCAGGUUUGUACUACAAGACAUCUGUUUCAUUCCAGGGAGUUGACGAAUGAAGGGUUGUAGAGAUGUUGUGUGGGUGAGUGUUGCAGGAAAAAAAUGCUUUGUAAUCCGUGGGCUAAUACAGAGAUCCAUAAAACACCCUGGGGUGCAAAAGUAAUAAUGAUUUUGCUAUAUGAAUGUAUUAAAAAUACUUUUUAUUUAUUACCUUUGUUUGUUGCUGAGUAAACAAAAAUAGCCUUUUAAAAUAUAUAUAUAUAUAUUUUAAUGAGUGUCAUCUUUUUAAAGGAAUUCACAAAAUUCUCACUCUAAAAAUUAUAAAAUAUUUUCUGAUAUAUCUUUGCAAAGAUAUGGAGCAGAGACUCUUGUUUGGGUUGCUUUAGCUGCCUUCUAUAAAUCACAAAGAAUGGCAUAUAUUCAAAAAUGAUGGUUAGGUUGCAAGACAAGCAACAGGUGGGAAAAAAAGUGGGCUAAACCAUUGUUGGUAACAUUUUGAUAAAUCUCCCUCAAUGAGCACAGUGAAGUAAUGGCAGGUAAAUGCUUGCACUUGCUGUUUCAGCCACUGUGCCACCAGGCCUCUGGUAUUCUAAAGGGGAAUGGGGAAUGUCCCCAGAAACCAGAGCAAUCUGAACGUACCUUUCCCAGUUAAAUACUUUGUUGUUAUUAUUAUUAUUAUUAUUAUAUAAACAUAUGUAGAGAGGUGUGUUAAAGGGGGCUGUGUAUGCAGGGAGGUGUAUAGGAAGAAGGCUGUAAAUAGAGAGUCUACAAAUGAAGGAGGUUGUAUGCGGAGCUGGCUGCAUAUGCAGGACGAUGUAGAUGGAGGAAGAAUUGUGUGAGCUGGAUGGUAAAAUUGAAAGGGGUAUACAGGUAGUUUAUAUUGGGCAUAUGUGGCAUUGGAAUAACGGAACUAAAUUACAAGGAAGUAGGUAAUUAGAGGGGUUGUUCUGGGCAGAGUAUUCACACAAACACAUAUGUUGACAUCACACACGCAGAAACAAGCACACAAAGAAACAACCACAAACACAUAUUGACAAUGCACACACAUAGAGGAACAUCAACAUACACACAUACAGACAGUACACUCAAUUAGAAACGAUAACAUUCACUGCCGGUACACACACAAACUCUGAUACACACUGAUACUUCACAUAAACACAAUUGCAUUGCACACAGCGACAUUAACAUGCAUUUACAAUGGUUCUACAGUCAGAAACCUGCAUACACACCAACUUGUAUUAUUUAUUUAAAUAGCCAAUGGUAUGCAGGUACUUUUAGCUGUGUGUUUGUGAGAGAUUUACAAAUUUAUAUUAUAAGUUGCUUUUACAACUAGAAAAAUUUAAAGAUAACCAAUAAUAAUGCACUCCAAUGCUUUACACAGGGUGCCUGACGGCCUAAUUACACACAUUUCAACUUGUCAAAGAGACAUACGUUCAUUGUAAAAGUGUUAAUGGGGGUGUGGUCAGGGGCAGAGCAUUUUUGGGAUAUUUUAGGUGGCUUACUUAUAGCAAUUUAUGUGAUUGAAAUGUAAUUUAGAACAAUAUGAUUUCUAAACACAUUAAUUGCAGUAUAAAGACACAUUACUGUGAAUAUUAUUGCUUCAGAACUCUGUUAUACACUCUUAGACACCAACAAAUGGAGCCCCUACAAACAAGGGACAUUAAGAUGGAAAAAAAAGGAUUUGGGCCUGUCAUGCCAAAAGCAUGAGUUGGUGUUUGAUGUGUGUUUAUAUAUGUUAAGAGUAGUUUUUUUUGUAAACCUUGGGAUGACAUUUAUUGUGGUCUUUGAUCUUGCACCAGGCCUAGACCAUAAAACAUCUAGAUAGCCAUCACCAGAGCUGGACACAAGGAAUUUCAUAGAGUGGGCAAUAGACUGCCAGACCAGCCCCCUCUGAUCCCCCCCCAGGGGUCUGCCCACUGAGAAACAACUAGUUUAGAUAUAUGAGGGUGUUGGACUAUCCAGGGAAGUCAGUUAUUCAUUUUUCUUUUGUCAGUAACUUCUAGGAGAUCUAUACCAUCUAAGACUCCCACAAGAAUUCUAUAUGGGGUCAGUAGUACUAAGGGGGAUAGUGUAGAAGGGAUUGCAGGGGUUAAUUGAGUGGUUGCUGGGACUAGCAACAGGUAACCAGGGGUCUGGUGUCAUUAACCCUGUCACUUCCACACUCUCCCCACUGUCUCGGCUGGGCCUAUAGCCCACGCACGUGACAAACUGGCGGCAGCUAGUGGGAUAUAUUUAGAGAUUUUUAGUGCUUGCUAGAUUUUACCUGUAAAGGGGGUCUUAGCACUAAAAGAAAUUGCAUACUUGUUUUUGUGUAAUUUCCAGAGACCAAGCUCAGUGCUGAUUUAAAAUACAUACAAAGUGCAAAACAGUUCUCCCCUCCCAUCUUUUGUUUUUCUUUCUCUAUCCUAUUUGUGAAUAUGGAGGCCUAUCGCAAACAAUCAAAAGAGGCCUUGGAAUUGUUGUGCCAAGAAAAUAAUUUACCAACUUUUGGCAAAAAUAAGGCACAACUUAUUGCUGACCUUGUGGAGGCUGACAGCCAUAUUUUCCAGCCAGAGACGGAUACUGAAAGGGUUACCGAGCUCCCUACUACUGCAGGAGUGUUGCUUACUGAAAUUCCUGGUGGUUGUACCCCUCAAAACAUUAAGGACAUUUGCUCAACUGAUUUAUUUCGGCAACUGAUGGCUGCAAAUCCUCAGGAGGCCCUGCAUGUGAUGAUCCAACAGCAGGCUGCAGAAAGGGAAUCUGCAGAGAGGCUAGCCGAAAGGGAGGCACAAAGGAGACAUGAGCUGGAACUUGCCAAACUGCAAUUUACCCUUCAGUCCUCACUGAACAGCAAUGCAUCAGAGUCCAGCACACGUAGGCUCCGUAAGGAUGAUUUUCCUUCCCUCGAAGAAGGGACAGAUUUGGAUGUAUUUUUAAAAAGUUUUGAGAAAGUAUGCAGGCAGCAUCAACUACCCUCAGACCAGUGGGGCAGAUAUUUAACUCCACAAUUGAAAGGGAAAGCCUUGGAUGUGUUUGUGUCCCUUCCCCCAGAGACUGAUAACAACUAUGACGCAAUCAAAUCUGCAUUGCAAAAAACUUUUAACCUUACUCCUGAGUCUUACAGGAAAAAGUUUAGGAGUAUGCAGCAAUGCCCAUCAUCCAGCUGCAUUCUAUAUGUUGCACAAUUAGAAACCACGUUUUGGCAAUGGGUAACAGGAGUACAAGCUACUACCUAUGAAGCCCUUAAUGACUUACUGGUCCUAGAGCAGUUCUUGCAGACCCGGAGCCCUAAUGUACGAGAGUGGAUUUUGGAAAGAAAGCCAAAAAAUGCUAGGGCUGCUGCAGAACUGGCAGAUGACUAUGCCGACAUCCAUGCACCCACAUCCAGGCGUGGACUUGUGACAGCUGCUACUUCGACCUGGAGAGAAGCUACAGUUCAAUCACCACCUGUAAGAUCUGCAGUGAGAACUUCACCGCCGACUGCCAGCGUAGCCGGGGCUAUGUCAAGUGAGUCAGAUGCCCGCCGUUUUUUUCGAUGCAACCAGAUUGGUCAUCUGAGCAGGACUUGCCCCACUAGGAAUAUGCCCUCAACAGUCCGUGGAGGGGCACCAUCAGUAUUGCUUGUGGGUGGGUCCGUGGGGAAACGAGAGGAUAACCUGCAGAGUGUAAUUGUGGGUGACCGAGUGACCAUGGGACUGAGAGAUUCUGGAGCUUCCUUCACCCUGGUGCGCCCUGAAGUGGUGAAUACGGAGGACAUAAUCCCUGGAAGAACCAUGUCCAUCAAAGGAAUUGGGGGUGUGCGUCCCGCUGUGCCCUUGGCACGUGUGUACCUUGAUUGGGGUGUGGGCAAAGGUUUGCGGGAAGUGGGGAUUUCGGAGGAUAUCCCUGUUAAUGUUCUGUUGGGGAAUGAUUUGGGCAGGAUGCUCUGUCACUAUGCUCCAGAGGACACUGUUUGUAAGCCAGAGGGGCUGACUGCUCCACCUAAGGUGUGUGAAACUUUGGGAGACAUUGUGGAGUGUGAUUGCUGGGAGGGAGAGCAGGGUGUGGAUAAAUAUCUACCUGUAACUGAACCAGUAAUGUCUACCAAAUGUGAGAUAGGGGUGAGUAGUGAUGUGCCUGUAUCAAAAUACUGUGAGGCUGGGAUGUCAGAGAGUAAGGGGGAGGAGGAAGGUGAGAGCCAGGGAUGUGUACCACUAGUCGCAGUGGUAACAAGUCAGCAGUGGGUCAGGGCUGCAGCAGGACAGUCUGAGGGGCUAUGUGAGAUUGCGAGAGGAUGGCCUGCCUUGGAGAAGAAAUUAUGUGAGUGUGUGCAAAAUUCUGUAUCUGAUCAAGGGGGGUCAAAUGUGUCCUGUGAAAAUGUAUGGGAAAAGCCUUCCAGCGAGAGUGGCCUGAAGGAAUAUAUGUGCCAAUAUGUGCCUAAAGCAGAUGUAUGUGAUGUGGUGGGUGAAAAUGUGAAGGGACAGCAAGGCUAUGAGGGAGGGCAGAGGGUGUGUGAGCUUUACUCUGCGGCAGGCUUAGCCAGUUUCCAAAGUUCGGUAUGUGUGAUGACCUGGAGUGAAAGUGAGGGGCACGGACAGACUCAGCCUGUGGGUCCAGGAAGGAUGGCUGCAGGGAAACAUACUGUUGGAGGAACCAGGAACCUUGUCAGUUUAUCACAACUCACGCAUACACCUAAGCAACUUUCUGAUUGUGAACCAAAGGUUCAGAGUCUGAUAGUGCAACAAGCCCAGCAGACAGACCGCAAAAUGAAAGAGAUGAUGGAUGUUGAUACAGCACAUCUAUCCUGGGAGUGUUCUCUGUCUGCUUUUUUGUGUGCUUACCGGGGAGUGCUGCAGAAAUCCAUUGGUUUCUUCCCCUUACAACUACUACAUGAGCGCAGUGGGUGUGGUUUAAGGGAUGUUACCAGAGAUCGAUGGGGAAUUGAAACAGGCAAAUCAGGCAUGUUUGAGGAUGUAGCUGUGGUUUGGACUGAUCACAACCUGCUGCAGGUGACAGGUAACACUGAUAAACUGCUCCAUUGGAGCCCUAUCCUCCAACAGUAUAAUUUCACUGCCCAGCACAAAAAGGGCAGAUGGCCUGUCUCGGCAACUAGAGGGUUAAUGGUAGACAGAUAAAUCAGCCUGUGGCUGAAUUUUUCUGUCCACCAUCUUAAGGGGGAGGUGUCAUGCCAAAAGCAUGAGUUGGUGUUUGAUGUGUGUUUAUAUAUGUUAAGAGUAGUUUUUUUGUAAACCUUGGGAUGACAUUUAUUGUGGUCUUUGAUCUUGCACCAGGCCUAGACCAUAAAACAUCUAGAUAGCCAUCACCAGAGCUGGACACAAGGAAUUUCAUAGAGUGGGCAAUAGACUGCCAGACCAGCCCCCUCUGAUCCCCCCCAGGGGUCUGCCCACUGAGAAACAACUAGUUUAGAUAUAUGAGGGUGUUGGACUAUCCAGGGAGUCAGUUAUUCAUUUUUCUUUUGUCAGUAACUUCUAGGAGACCUAUACCAUCUAAGACUCCCACAAGAAUUCUAUAUGGGGUAAAUAUAUGUAAGGAAUUUCUUGUGUUUUCUCCUAUUUUAUUUUAUGUACUGUUUUGCAAUUUGUUAUCUGUAUGUCAUUUAUUUCUGUAUUUUGUACUCAGCACUGUGAAUCCUUUUUGUCAGAUUAAAUGUUUACUUAAUCAGCUUGUGUCUCUGUUCUCUAUGAGCUUCACUCUCCAGAGGAAAGCUCAGGUAAACACGUUACCAAAAGGGGUUAACUAUAUAUGUUUUAUCAGUAAAAGUAGAACUGUGAUACUAUAAUUCUCCUGUGUGUGGGGUAACCUAAGACGCCCGGGUUUAAAAGUCUUGGUGGUGGCAGUAGUACUAAGGGGGAUAGUGUAGAAGGGAUUGCAGGGGUUAAUUGAGUGGUUGCUGGGACUAGCAACAGGUAACCAGGGGUCUGGUGUCAUUAACCCUGUCACUUCCACACUCUCCCCACUGUCUCGGCUGGGCCUAUAGCCCACGCACGUGACAGGGCCCAAAAUAGGGAUUGUCCCUUCUAAAUGGGGACGCUUGGGUGGCAUGCAAUUGUAUCAGCUCUAAUUAUAAAAAAGGCAUAAGUAUACCAGCAGUAUUUGAUUCCCCGAUCUAAAUUUGCUUGGUCUGGAGGGGGAGUGCAUGCAGUGGCUAUUUGGAUGACAGUCACUAUAGGUGCAUUUAACCUGCAAUGUAAGCUUUGCAAUUUCUACAAAAACUGCGGUAUUUUACAUUGCAGGGUAAAAAAUAACAGAAUCACUGCACCCAAACCACUUCAUUGAGAUGAAGUGAUCUACUACAUUAUAGUGUUCCUUUAAAGGACCACUCUAGGCACCCAGACCACUUCAGCUUAAUGAAGUGGUCUGGGUGCCAGGUCCAGCUAGGGUUAACCCAUUUUUUCAUAAACAUAGCAGUUUCACAGAAACUGCUAUGUUUAUGAAUGGGUUAAGCCUUCCCCUAUUUCCUCUAGUGGCUGUCUCAUUGACAGCCACUAGAGGCGCUUGCGUGCUUCUCACUGAUUUUCACAGUGAGAGCCCGCAAGCGUCCAUAGGAAAGCAUUAUGAAUGAUUUCCUAUGUGACCGGCUGAAUGCGCGUGCAGCUUUUGCCGCACGUGCGCAUUCAGCCCAGGAGGAGGAACGGAGGAGGAGAGCUCCCUGCCCAGCGCUGGAAAAAGGUACGUUUAACCCCUUUUCCCCUUUCCAGAGCCGGGCAGGAGGGGGUAGGGGCACCCUCAGGGCACUAUAGUGCCAGGAAAACGAGUAUGUUUUCCUGGCACUAUAGUGGUCCUUUAAGAAUUAUGAAGGUAACCAUGCCCUUGGGAAACUUCAAUGCUGCCAAACAUUUUUUUUACCUUCCCCAGAUCUGUGCCUUGACACAGUCCUGUCUCUGAGCAAUACGGGCAGUUCUUUUGGCCUCAUGAUUUGUUUUUUCCACUAAUUUGCAUUUACAGCUGUGAGCCUUAUACAUAGACAGCUGUGGGCCUUUGUAAAUGAAGUGCAAUCAAUUUAAUAUGCCACAGGUGGACUCCAGUCAAAGUGUAGAAACUAUUUAAAGAUGACCCAGAGAAAUGGGAUGCAUCUGAGCCAAAUUUCAAAAGCCAUAGCAAAGGGUCUGAAUACUUAAGUCAAUGUGAUAGGUCAGCUUUUUCUUUUUAAUAAAUUUGCAAAGUUUUCAAAAAUCUGGUUUUUGCUUUGUCAUUGUGAGGUAAUGAAUGUAGACUGAUGUAAAAAAAUAAUUUAAACAAAUGUAGCAUACAUAAUUUUUUUUUCUUUUUUAAGACGGUCUGAAUAGUUUCUGAAUGUACUGUAUGUGCCCAUUUCUGAUUGCAAUGUAUGUUUGAAACUGUGAAAAACACAGUGAGCAUGUGCUGCUAUAUAAAUGCAUUCAGAGUUAAAGAUCAUGUUUAUAAUAUUAAACCUAGGAUUAGGGUAAAGUUUUUUUUUUUUUCUUUUUUUAAGUUUAGGCUUUGAGUGCUUACACUUGGGACCCAGGAAAUAAAAAAAAAAAUGUUUUGGUUUUGGAGGGUUUGCAGGAUUAGGGAAAAUGGCUGUUAAGGGCAAUUGAAGGGUUAUUUUUAAAGUACUCACCUCUAUGUCUUCUCAAGUCCAGUCAUCCACCUAUGAAUAAAAGUAGAGCUGCAGGAGCUGAUAUACAGUGUUCAUCACUCAGUGCUGUCCCUGCUCCUCCUGUGUAAGAGGCUGUUAGUGGGCAGAUAAGAAAUGUUCCCUCCCACUUCCUGUCCAUCCUCAGACAGACACUGGAUGAGAUAAUACAGAGUUUUAUACCCUUAUAACGGUUUCUGCUGGUUACUGGACUACCAAGGACACUGGCCAAGGCUCCUGGUACUUAUUUUUCUCUUCUAGACCAAUUUUUUUUCAAAAAGGCACCUUAUAAGUAAUGAAAACAGGAGAAGCCUACAGGACAUGUGCCUCUUCGCAGGUGCAUACUUUGCUGAAUGGGCUCCAUAUUGAAAGUGGGAUAAGAUAGUUAAUAAACAUUUACUAUCAAUAAAUUAAGUUAUAAUCACAAAUAUCAGAACAAUAUUGUGUUUGUUUCACUUUCACUUUUUUCACUUUGUUAUUAUUUAUAAAAUAGUUUACUAGGAAAGAUACAUUGAGAUUUCUCUCGUUUUCAAGUAUGUCCUGGGUCCACAAAACAUUGCAUUGAUACAUUAUGGUACAAUAAAAUAAAAAAACAAUAUUAAUACACAAUAUAUACAAAAUUUAACAUAGAACAGGUAGGAAAUAUAUAAUCAACCAUGACACGUGCAUUCUGUUUUAAAAUAUAUGUAGAGAGGGAUUUCUUAAAGGACUUUAGGCUUGGGAAAGAUUUUCAAGUGUGCGGGAGGUCGUUCCACAAUUGCAGCACUCUGUAUGAGAAGGAGGAUCGGGCUGCUUUCUUUUGGUAUUGAGGUAGACUAAAUAAAGUGCUGGUACUGGAUCGGAGGUUAUAGGAGGUGGGAUCCGCCGAGGAGAGCAUUUUGCUCAGGUAGGGUGAGAGUUUCCCAGAAUAGCUCUUAAAUACAAGGCUGGAAUUAAUUACAGUGACAGCCAGUUUAGUUCUUUUAGUAUGUCAAAAUGGUGGGUCCUGUAAUUACAUUGUAGCACAAAUCAGCAGAACGAGUUAUACAAUUUAUUGAGUUUAUUAAUGUGGGAUUGCGGUGCAGGUGCAUAUACUACAUCCCCAAAAUCAAUGGUUGGCAUCAGCAUUUGCUUUACAAUCUUUUCCUUUACUGUAGGGCUUAGGCAGGAUUUGUUUCUGUACAGGGCACCUAGUUUUGGAUUAAGUUUAAAUGCAAGUUUUUCUAUGUGGAUGCCAAAAGAUAGAUUAGGGUCUAACAACAUACCCAAGUAUUUGAAAAAGUGGAAUGCGGUCAGUGUGCUAUUUGAAUUUGUUUUGAUGGAUAGGUGGGAAUCGUGUAAUUUGUGUAAUUUAGGUACUGUUCCAAAGAUCAUUGUGAAAGUUUUGUCAGUGUUUAGGAAGAGUUUGUUUUUUGCGACCCACUUUUCUACCUCUGUAAACUGGUCUUGGAGCACAGCCUCAAGUUGCGGUAGAUCGGAUUUGCUCGCAUAGAUUACUGUGUCGUCUGCGUACAUGUGUACAUUUGAGGAUUUGCAGACAUUAGGCAGAUCAUUUAUAAAUAAUGUAAAUAGUAGGGAGCCAAGAAUGGAACCUUGGGGAACACCACACGUGACUGGGAGGGAGUCGCUGUCAGAAAUGGACACAUAUUGCGAGCGAUCCGAUACAUAUGAUCGAAACCAGGUUAACGGAUAAUCACCAAUACCUGAGUUAUUUGAGUUUGUGCAGUGGAAUGUCGUGGUCUACUGUGUCAAAGGCCUUUGCAAAAUCAAGGAAAAUAGCUCCAGUUAGGUCUCCUUGUUCCAUGCCAGUUUGGAUGUCAUGGCAAACUUUUAAGAGGGCAGUUGUAGUGGAGUGAUUCUGGUGAAAGCCCGAUUGGUCAGGGGUCAGAUAGUUUGAUUGUUGGUAAUACUCACAUAGUUGCGUAUGGAUGCAUUUUUCUAAGAUUUUUGACAAUACUGGGACCAAUGAUAUUGGGCGAUAGUAGGAAACCAAAGUAGUGUCACCACUUUUAUGGAUAGGUACUACUCUCGCAGUCUUCCAAAGUUUGGAUAUGGAUCCAGACACCAAGGAUUUGUUAAUUAGGGUUGUGAUGGGUUUAGCAUUUGCCAGCGCACUGAGCUUCAACAGCAUUUCUGGGAUUUGAUCAAGUCCAGACUAGUUUUUCAUUUUUAGAUUAUUACGGUGUUUUUUUUAAUGAGACUAAUAGGUACAGGUCUAAAAAUGAACUUGUCUAUAUUGGGCCUUUGCAAAUUUAGUGGGGCCUGAUCCACAUUUGUAGUUUCAGGAUGCGUGUCAUUUAUUAGCUUGGCAAUCAGGGCAGUAGAGCAUCCGACAAAAUAAUUGCUAAAGGCAUUUGAUACAUCUAAGGGAAGUUGCAGGGUUUGGUUAUCCACUUUGACAGUGGAGGGUUGUGAGUGGAUUGGGGGAGUUUGUAAUUAAUUUAUGACUUUCCAAAAGUUUCUAGGGUUUGAUAGGUUAUUGUUCAGAUUUUCACAGAAAAAUUGAGCCUUGGGCAAUUUUGUUUGUUUUGUGCAUAUAUUUUGCCAUUGUCUGUAUGCACAGUGAUCAUUCAUAUUAUUAUUAUUAUUAUUAUUUUAUUAUUUAUAUAGCACCAUCAGAUUCCGUAGCGCUGUACAAAGGGUGGACUAACAGACAUUUAAUUGUAACCAGACAACUCAACGUACAGGAACAGAGAGGUGGAGGGCCCUGCUCAAUGAGCUUACAUUCUAGAGGGUAUGCUCAAUCAGCUGUUCCACGGCCAUUAGCAACAGUCUGAUUUUUAAACAUACCCAGUCCAAUUUUGUUGCAAUAUUUUGUGGGCAGUUUUUGUACUGCACACUUCAGUGAAAAUAUAAUAUUUAGGCAGAAAUGCCUUAAUAAUUUGAAAACUAUUUUAAUUCUUGAACACAUCUGUAUGAACCUUCAAAUAUAUAAAGCGAAGGGACUAGCGUAUCUCUUACACUUACAGGCUUAUUUACUAAGUGUUGUACAAAAUUUUCCCAGGCAUACCAAUGAAACAAAUCCUAAAAAUCUCCAGUAACACAAUGUAAAGUCCAUAGACUUAUGGGAAAACAUAAUUUGACAAUGUUAGUGGAGCUUGACAUAGGCCCCACACAUUUCCAGGUUUUUUCAACUUGACUGCUGUUCAUAAGGAAAAUUAGUCCCUACUAAUAUAUUUUAUAUAAAGAAGAGCUCCAGUUAAAAAUAAUAGGUAUCCUGACACAGGGAGUUAUAUAGAAGCAAAUUAGAUUGAUUUUUGGUGAAAGGAUCUCUUUAAAAGUGAAUUCCAAGAGAAUUGAAAACUUUAGGUCACAUAAUUGAAAUGAAAACAUAGCUGACAAGCAAUGUUUCUAAUUCGACCAUUUUUGAUUAAAUUUAGAAAUUCACUUUGAAUUAACCACAGUAAAUAACUCGAAUGGGGUUUCAUAGCAGCAUUUGGCUGUUAUACAUUGUACCUCUAAUGAAGUUAAUUGCUAGGUACUUUACAUUUUAUUGUAGGCACGAUUACAUGUUUUUCUCUCACACGAGUACUGGUUUAGACUUUGAGAACCUUGUUUAUUUGCAGACUUAUGCAGGCAAAGUUUACUUUAAUAUACACUUAAUAUACAAUGUCGUUUCUUUUGCUAAGACUAUCAAUAUUGAACAUACAGCAUAUGCACGGAAAUGUCAUACAUAGAAUACAAUGUAAAUAUAUGUAUUUUUAUACUGUGAAAACAAGUCUAAAUCCAUUAUACAAAAAUGUAUUUUGUUCACAAAAUGUUUCCUUCUAUUAUGUUUGCAGGAAAGCCAGUGUAGUUGUAAAAUAAAGCUAUAUACAAUUAUACUGUGAUUGACCUCAUAUAAUUUGCCCAUAGAGUAAUGACUCACUUCCAUACUUGUGUAUAACCCAACCUGCACAUAUUUUAAACUAGAGAGUCUGCAGGAAGCCACUGAUCAAGAGCCAGGAAGAUUCCCUAAAAGGAUCUUACAGUGAUUUGAAAGAGUGAACAAGGGGGGAGGGGGUUAUGCUGAGUACCAGCUGGAAGGAGAAUAGUUUAAAGUUGAAACCACUAAAGUUUUACUGUAUACUAUACAAUAUAUAACUAUAUUCAUUCACCAACAGUGAAAAGUACAUUUUAAAAUAUUGCCAUAAUGUAAAACCUGACACAUUCCUAUUUCCUUUAUAUCUACUAUGGACAUGUGUUUUAUUCUGCAAUGCCAAUAAAGUUUGUUAAGUUUGAAUGAAAUAAAGAGGGUUCAUGUUAUUAGGACAUCAAUCACUCUGAAAAUAGUUUUUCCAGUCUAUGCAAUAGCAUUCUGAGCUUCUUACUGUGUCCCAGAGGAGGUUUAACCCUUCCACCCCCAAAAAAAUACCUCAAUAAAGAUAACAGACCAGGGUUUAACUAGGCCUAAUUGCCUGGACAACAGUAUUCUCCAGCCCCUUUAAUUACAACUGACCUGAUUUAAAGACCACUAUAGUGCCAGGAAAACAUACUUGUUUUCCUGGCACUAUAGUGCCCUGAGGGUGCCCCCACCCUCAGGGUCCCACUCCCAUGGCGCUGAAGGGGAAGGUAGGGGUUAAUCCCUUACCUUUUUUUCCAGCGCCGGGCUCCCUCAGCACUGGGACUCUCCUCCCUCUUCUUCCAAGAGCUGUGCGCGCAUUCAGCCAGUCCAUAGGAAAGCAUUCUCAAUGCUUUCCUAUGGACGCUGGCGUCUUCUCACCGUGAAGAUCACAGUGAGAAGCGCGGAAGCGCCUCUAGCGGCUGUCAAUGAGACAGCCACUAGAGGCUGGAUUAACCCAUUUGUAAACAUAGCAGUUUCUCUGAAACUGCUAUGUUUACAGCAAAAAGGGUUAAACCUAGCUGGACCUGGCACCCAGACCACUUCAUUAAGCUGAAGUGGUCUGGGUGCCUAUAGUGGUCCUUUAAAGUUCAGACACAUAAUGUACAGUGGUUUCUGAUUUGUAACAACAGAAUAUAAUGGGAGUUAACUAGGGAUGGCAAUUGUUUAAUAUCUCUGAUAAUAAUCUAUUAAAAAUUAACUCUAGAAUAGGAAUAAAUGGCACAAUACUAUAAAAUAUGUAACCAGGAUAAAAACUCUUUUUAAUUGUUUCAGUUGUUUUAAUUUAUGUUAUUUCCUGCUUUCUUCACAUCACAUUCCCAGCAUGCACCUAGACGCCUCUCCUGGAUUGGUUAUUUUUUACCUUCCCAAAUUUUGUAAAGUAUUAUUUGAUAAACACAGAAAAUGCAAAAUGGGAUUAAUUAAUUUUAGUGCCCAUAAUUUCUGUAGAAUAAUGAAUAGUGCUUGUUGAAAUUAGUCAUAAAAAUAUGUUUAAAAAUGUUCAACCAUUCCAGCAAUGUGAACACAAUAUUUGAGCAGCAUUGUAUACUGUAUUGAAAUAAAUGACAUGUCCACAAGAUGUUGUUAUUUUGAUGAUUAUGUUAGUGUUACUCAUAAUCACUGUUUUGUAUAUUUACAGGUCUAUCUACCGGCCUCUGAUUCAAAUUGAUCAACAUGUCAUCACAGGUAAAAAAAAAAAAGCAUACUUUUAAUUGUUAUCCAGUGCUUUCCUUUAGAUCAUUAUGAAACAUGUAAACCUCUGAGUUUUGAUUUUAAGUCAGAUGUAAAGAAACAGACAUUAUUCAUACUCAGCCUAUUUAGAAAAAAAAUAGCCAAAAUUAAUGUAAAUUUUACCACGUUAUAUAAUGUUGAACUUGUACUAAACAUGUUGCUUUUAUACUGUCCAUAAAUGGCACAUUUUGGGCAGGGAAAAAAUGCUAGAGUUUAAAAAACAAUCUAAACACGAGUGUCAUAUUGAGCAAUGUCUAAUUAUUACCAAACAUUUGUUAAUAAAUUAGAUGCAAUUUAUUUUCUCCUUCGUAAUAGUAUUGCAUCAAACCAGAUUCAGUCAAUUUGUGCACAUUUUUAUGUUUCCUGUUUUAGUUCUCAUUGUCCACAGUUAUGGAUGGUAAAUAAGCUACCUAGUGCAGGUCUCACAUUGCUUAUAGAAAUAACCCUCUUGGUGUCCAGUCAUCCCUGGUGUCAUUUAGCAACCACCUCAGCCACCUAAUGUCUCUUAGACAUUCCUAUCAACCGCAGGCAUAGGCAAUCACUUUCAGCUACCCGAAAUUCUUUGCCAUCACAACAUCUCUUAGCUUCCCCUUGUCUCUAGCAGCACUCCUCUUUUUGACCCCAGAUGUCUGAAGAAAGCUUAGGAGUCACAUAUCACACUUACUAGUUCUAUGGAAUAGGCUAAAGUUUAAGAAACAUUUUUCAAUUUCUGAAACGUUAUUUUUCCAGAUCAGCUUUGACUUGUGAACUAUAAAUAUCUAGGACUUUGGCAUAGAGGGAAGCUGGUAAAUAGAACUGAGGGAUUUCCCAGCACACGAUGUAUAAUGGUACUGGAUACUGGGCCAAGGCAUGCAGAGAAUUUACUUACACAUAUGAUGAGAUAUUUACAAGUUGACAGAAUAAAGAAGAAUGAAGCAGAUGUUGGAGGAAAUCUGCCAUCUUGCUUGCUUACUAUAAACUAUAGUGAGUAGACCACUUAAUACUUGAAAUAGCAUUGCUUUAACUCAUAGGCAUUCACUAAUAGUUCAUGGUAUGACUCACUAAUGACUUUUGAGUCAUUGGAUGAGUGUACUGGUUUCAGAACAUGGAGAUAUUUUACUACUGAUCUGGACAUUCUCUCACACUACCACCACUUUUUAUUAAAUGUCAAGUACUGGAAAAAGACAACUCUUUUUUUUUUUUUUCAAUAUAUGUUUAUUUUAACAUUGUUUUCAUCCAAGUAACAUACAUGGAAAAAUCAUCCAAGAAAAAUACAUGGAAAAAUCAUAUUGCUAUAUUACAAUGAGAUAAGAUUUUUUUUUAAUUUUUUUUUUUACAUACAUACAUACCAAAGCCAUCGCUAUGAUUUUGUUAAUUAAAACACAAAAUAUUCCAGUCACAAAAAAGAAAAAUAAACGCAACACUUUCAUACACACACUAAGUUUCCAUUCAACGAGAGGAUACAUUUUUGGGGGAAAACAGGUGGAGGGGUUAAGCUUUUAUGCUCAAAUAUCUAACCCAAGGGGCCCAAAUUUCAUCAUAUUUCUUGUUGGAUACUCUAUCCAAUGCUAUGCCUGCUUCCAUCCUAUAUUGGAAAUCCAACUGUGUACUUAUAUCAGACCAAUUUCUGGCCAAAACUAUUUUAUUUGCCAUAAAAAUAUGAAUCAUAAGAAUUUUCGUUUUUAAGUUAAGCUUUGGCAUAUCUAAAUGAAACAAGAACAUUUGGGCAGUUAUCUCAGUUUGUACCUCAGUGAUAAAAUUUACAAGCCCAGAUAAAAUUGAUUUCAUAGGGGUCAACUCCUCACAGCCCCACCAUAUAUGGGGAAAUGACCCUAAUGCCUUGCCACAUCUCCAACAAUCUGGCAUAGUUGUAAAUUGAAAUUUAUGUAGGCGAGUAGGCACCAAGUACCAUCUAUAAACAAGUUUAAAAUAGACUUCCCGUAUAUUUACCCCAUGUAUGCAGUGGCGUACAUACCAGGGUCGCAGGGGUCGCGGCUGCGACCGGGCCCGGCCCACCAGGGGGCCCGGCCGCCCCUGCGACCCGUUAUGUACCCACAGGGCCAGCCUCUUGCACUGGAGGGCCCAGGAGCCAACCACCCCAGGGCCCCCCGAGGCUGGCCCUGCUGACACCCGGAAGGCGGGUGGCCGGUCGGGCAGGCAGGCGCGCGAGGGAGCACUCAGUGCUUCCUCUUCAGCUCCCUCGUGCACCGCACUGAUACCGGAGCCGGAAGAUGACGUCAUCUUCCGGCGCUAGCAUCCCUACGCGGCGCGCGAGGGAGCUGAAGAGGAAGCACUGAGUGCUCCCUCGCGCGCCGGCCAGACAGCCCGCCAGACAGCCCAGCAGCACCACUGGACCCCAGGGAAUCCCCCCAGCUCUCCAUAAGGUAAGGAGGCUGGGGGGAUUACAUUUUUUAAAAAAAAAACAUGAGUGAGUGUUAGAGUGUGUGAGUGUUAGAGUGUGUGAGUGUUAGUGUUAGAGUUUGUGUGUUAGAGUGUGUGUGAGUGUUAGAGUGUGAGUGUUAGAGUGUGAGUGUUAGAGUGUGAGUGUGUGAGUGUUAGUGUGAGUGUUAGUGUGAGUGUUAGAGUGUGUGUGAGAGUGAGUGUUAGUGUGUGUGUCUGCUAGUGUGUGUGAGUGUUAGUGUGUGUGUCUGCUAGUGAGUGUCAGUGAGUGUGUUACUCUGUGUGUCUUACUGAGUGUGUGUGUGUGUUAGUGAGUUUGUUUGAUGUCUGUUAGUGAGUUUGUGUUUAUCAAUGAAAGUGUAUGUUUUGUAAGUGAGUAUGUAUGUCUGUCGCUGAGUGUGUCUCUGCCAGUAAAUGUGUGUGUCUGUUAGCUAGUGUGUAUGCGUCUGUAAGUGAGAGUGUGUGUGUCUUCAGCACUUACCUUUCUCCAGCGCCGGACUCCCUUGGCACUGGGGAUCCCUCAGCCUCUCAGCUCCGAAUGCGACCGCGCACGCAUUCAAACCGCCCAUAGGAAAGCAUAACUCAAUGCUUUCCUAUGGACAUUCAGUGUGCUCCUCUAGCGGCUGUCAGUGAGACAGCCACUAGAGCCUGGAUUAACCCUCAGUGGAACAUAGCAGUUUCUCUGAAACUUCUAUGUUUUCAGCUGCAGGGUUCAAACUAGAGGGACCGGACACCCAGGCAACUUCAUUGAGCUGAUGUGAUCUGGGUGUCUGUAGUGGUCCUUUAAGUGUGUCUGCAUCUGCAUGCACUGGCGUACAUACCACGGUCGCAGGGGUCGCAGCCCUGUAACCCCUGCGCCCAGGUGUCCACCGCCAUGUGUUGCAGCCCACGCGCGCGGGGGGCCACGGAUCAAUUUUCGCACCGGGGCCCCAUGGGUCAUGUGUACGCCACUGCAUGUAUGUAUCUUUUUACUGAAUGUAGCCCUGAUAACCAUUCUUCAAGCGUAAAGGAAACUUGUAACUCUUGCUCCCAUUUUAUCCAUGCUAGUGCUUUAUCUAUUUGUUUUUGAUCUUUUAUGAAGCAAUUAAAUGAAAAAGACAACUCUUAACCUCUACACUACCAUGCAAUUUUUGGUUGCAAAUAUACCGGUAUAUUAGCAUAAAGUAUUUAAAGCAUGGGGUACAUAGCUAGCACAUACAUGUAUGAUAAAACAGCAAUUUUAGUAAUUACAUGUAUGUACAGUUCUAGUAGGGAAGCAAUUAAACUAGGUUAAACUAGUUAAGAUGGGUAUUUGUGGAUUUCAGGGGAACUUUCAAAAGGCCUCAGUUGGUUGCUGAGAAAAUAAAUAUCUAAAUGCAAAUAUCAAUUAGGCAUGUGUUGGGAUCGUUAACCUUUCACCCGAAUCCCUUGGAAUUGUGUGUGACACUGAACACUAGCAUGCCACAGGGUUUUAUGGGCACCUGAAUUCGGGUCCAAAUGGCGAAUUUGCUGAACCUAAUUUGGAUCCUAUUGUUGAAUUACCUCUACCAUUCCAUGUUGCCUUGUUGUGGUUCUAGUAGCCCAAGAGCAGGUUGCCUGUAUCUCCUGUUCCUCAUUUCUGAAUUUGUUUGUUUACUGAAUUCUCCUGAUCUACAGGAUCCUUUGACCUUGGCUUGUUAUAACUUUUAUCCGCAUCUCUCCUGUCCUUAACCUUGGCAACCUCUCUGACUCCUCUACCGUUAACCUACUACCGUGGUCUCCUCUAAGGAUCUAUAUACGGCUUGUCUAUUUAUUGUGUUAUAGUCUGUUUGUUUUGGUUCUACACUGAUCCUCACUCCAUGCAUAUAUCAUCUCCAAGAGCAGUUCUUUACACUGCACAUUAUGUCUAAUUGUAUCAGUAUUUAUUAAUCACUGUCUUGGGAUUGGGAGACUCGAGUAUGACAUUGGUUAUUCUACAAAUAAAAAAUGAAUAUAUCUGGAAAUUGUGCAGUUGUAUCCAAAACCUUCUGUUUUCUGCAAAUAUAUCUGUGUCAAUAAGCCAUUAAUAGUAUAUGAACUAGUCCAUGCAAAAUGUAAACCAUCAGCAAUGACCCUAUAUUGGUCAAUCUUCCUAGCUUUCUACCAUUUUGCAUGCAAUAUAUAAUCUGUAUAAGUGUAUCACAGAUCUCCACAUCUAUAAAACAUUGCAAUGUGCCCCCAUGUCAAUACUACCCAACACGUCACUCAAGUUCCUUAAAUGUCCAUCAACAUACCUCCCCUAAUAUCCUUUAUAGUCUCUUCAGUUACAUCACAGCUCUGUCAUUUCUAUUCCAACACAGCAGUAUUCAUCAAAUCUCCCAAGUCUUUUAUAGUCACUCCCCUAAUUUAAAGACCUUGUCCCCAAUAUAUGCCACAGACCUCUCCCAUCUCAUAAUCAUCACAGCCCUAUUACCCAUCACAGCUUCUCUGUGCCUAUAAAACAAGUCCCUUGCAAUUUGUAGACACCCUAUGAUCUCCUUAUUAAGUUGCCCCAUGCCCACUGCAGUGUAUUUACACCUAGGUUGUAAGGCUGCAAAAGAACUCUUAGAACCUGAACAGACCUGGUACCUACCGGAUAUCUACUUUCUACAAACAUGAAUAUAUAUCUUUAUUUAAAAUAUCUGUCUUAAUUCAAUGUUAUUAUUACAUUAUAUAAUUCAGAUGUAUUAGCGUAACCCCAUACCUGAAAUUCCACUAAACUCACUGUAGAAAAUUACAAAGUAUAUUAAUAAAAAGACAUUAAGCACCCUUAACAUAUAUAUAUAUAUAUAUAUAUAUAUAUACAUAUACAUAUACAUAUACAUAUAUAUAUAUAUUAUUAUUAUGAUAUUUAUAGAGCGCCGUCAAAUUCCGCAGCGCUUUACAAUGGGUGGACGAACAGACAUGUAGUUGUAACCAGACAAGUUGGACACACAGGAACAGAGGAGUUGAGGGCCCUGCUCAAUGAGCUUACAUGCUAGAGGGAGUGGGGUAAAAUGACACAAAAAGGUAAGGAUAGUAUUAGACUAGUGACAGUUGCAGAAGAGUCAGGAGCUAUUAACAGUUUAAUUGAUACACUUUUAUGAAGAAGUGGGUUUUUAACGAUUUUUUGAAGGAGUGGACACUGGGUGAGCAUCUAACGGAGGAGGGAAGCUAGUUCCACUGGAACGGUGCAGCCCUCGAGAAAUCUUGAAGGCGAGCAUCAGAGGUGGGAAUACGGACAAAAGCUAGAUGUAAGUCUUCAGCAGAUUGUAAGGGCCUAGACGGGACAUACUUGUGUAUAAGGGAGGAUAGAUAGGUGGGAGCAGCAUUAUGUAGAGAUUUGAAAGCAGGAACCAGAAUUUUAAAUUGAGCUCUAUAUUUUAUAGGAAGUCAAUGUAGGGGCUGACAGAAGGGUGAGGCAUGGGAGGUACGGGCGGACAGGAAGAUGAGCCUUGCCUCCGCAUUCAUUAUGGACUGUAAUGGUGCAAGUUGGGUGCACGUAAGACCACUGAGAAGCGGAUUACAGUAGUCAAGGACAGUAGAAUGGACCAACACCUUAGUCGCAUCUGGCGUUAAGUAGGGGCGGAUGCGCGCAAUGUUUUUGAGAUGGGAAUUACAGGAUUUGGCGAUAGAUUGAACAUGAGGCUUGAAGGAGAGGUCGGAGUCAAAGAGAACACCUAGGCAGUGAGCCUGCGUGGUGGAGCUGAUGGUAGCACCAUUGACUUGGAGGGAGACAGACAGGAGUAACAACACUUGAGGGAGGAAAGAUCAGAAUUUCAGUUUUGGUCAAGUUUAGUUUAAGGAAGUGGGCAGCCAUCUAGUUAGAAACAGCAGAGAGGCAGUCAGAGACACUAGUCAAGAGGGACGGGGAGAGAUCACGAGAGGACAGGUAGAUUUGCGUGUCAUCUGCAUAGAAAUGAUAUUGGAAGCCAAAGGAGCUAAUGAGUUUACCAAGGGAGGCAGUAUAGAUGGAGAACAGUAGGGGACCAAGGACUGAACCUUGGGGGACACCAACAGAGAGGAGUUGGGGAGAAGAAGCAGAGCCAGAGAAAGAAACACUGAAAGAGCGCUGGGAGAGGUAGGAGGAGCACCAGGAGAGAGCAAUAUCUUGUAGACCGAUAUUGCGGAGGAUGAGAAGAAGCUGUUGAUGAUCAACAGUGUCAAAAGCAGCAGACAGGUCAAGGAGAAUUAGGAUAGAGUAGUGGCACGAGAUUUUGCAGCGAGUAGAUCAUUGGAUACUUUGGUCAGUGCCGUUUCCACAGAGUGCUUUGCGCGGAAACCAGACUGAAUCGGGUCUAGCAGUGAGUUGCACUUGAGGAAGUCUGUCGAUCUCGCAUACACAAUUUUUUCAAGGAUCUUGGAUGCAAAAGGCAGUAGCGAGAUAGGACGAUAGUUGGAUGGGGAGUUAGGGUCAAGAGUGGGCUUCUUUAGAAUUGGGGUUACAGUUGCAUGUUUGAAGGGCAAUGGAAAUAUACCAGAGGAGAGAGAGAGAUUGAGAAUUUUAGUGAGAGGUGGAGAAAGAGAAGAAGACAGAGUACAGAUGAGAUGCGAGGGAAUUGGAUCUAGGGAGCAGGUGGUGGGGCAGGAGGACUGGAGCAGAGUAGAAACCUCUUCCAAUGUAGUGUGUGCAAAUGAACAUAGAACAGCAGAGGGAGUGAAGUUAGGGGAAGUAUUGUAAGGGGAAGAAGAAAAAUGAGAGAUCUCUUCUCUGAUUGUAGAGAUCUUGUCAGUGAAGUGAGUUGCAAAGUCUGAGGCGGUCAAGUUAGUAGGCGGAGGAGGAACAGCAGGGCGAAGAAGAGUUAAAUGUGUGAAAUAGUUGUUUGGGUUCGCGGGAGAGUGUGGUUAUGAGGGUAUUGAAGUAAUUAACUUUUGCAGAGGAAAUAACCAAGCUGUAUGAGCUCAGCAUAAAUUUAUAGUGGAGAAAGUCAGAUGCACAGUGAGACUUUCUCCAACAGUGUUCAGCAGUUCUGGAGCAUUUUUGGAGGUAUUGAGUGAGCUUGGUGUGCCAGGGUUGUUGUUGGGGGGGCCUGCGGCGUUUAAAUGUACAAGGUGCCAUGAUGUCUAGUUGAGAGGAGAGGGUGGAAUUGUAGCAGGAGGUUGCAGAACUAGGACAGGUGAGGUUUGAGAUAGGUAAAAGGAGAGUUUGGAGAUUAGUGGAGAAAUGCUUUAGGUCAAGACAUUGGAGGUUACUGUGAGAGUGAUGUUCACACGGUGGUGUCAAUUGGGUCUUAGGUAUGCCAAUGUAAAAAGUCAGCAGAUGGUGGUCAGAUAGAGGAAAAGGAAUAUUGGAGAGAUUAGAGGCAGUACAGAAGUUGGUGAAGGCAAGAUCAAGAGUGUUUCCUGCUGUAUGGGUUGCUAAAUUGGACCAUUGCGUAAGGCUAAAGGAGGAGGUUACAGAGAGCAGACGAGAGGCAUCAGUGCAAUUGGGGUUAUUGAUUGGGAUAUUGAAAUCCCCAAGUAUAAGGGAAGGAGUGCUAGAUGAGAGGAAGUGGGGAAGCCAGGAAGAAAAGUGCUCAAUGAAUAGGAUAACUGGGGGCUUGGGGGGGGAGAGGGGGUGGGGGUGGUAGAUGAUAGCAAUUCUUAAAGGAGUGGGUUUAAAUAGGCAGACAGUGUGAACUUCAAAAGAAGAAAAGGAUAGGGCAGGGGGAGUUAUGAUUGGUUGAAAGGUACAUUGAGGGGAGAGAAGGAUGCCUACGCCACCUCCUUUACAGUUGAGUCUGGGAGUGUGAGAGAAUUGUAGCCCACCAAAACAUAAAGAGGCAGGAGUAGCGCUAUCAGAGGGGGAUAGCCAGGUCUCUGUAAGUGCAAGCAGUGUGAGUGAGUUUGAGAUGAAAAAGUCGUGUAUGGUUGUUGAUUUUAAAUUACUGCAGAUGGAGAGGGCAUUCCAGAGUGCACAAUUAAUUUUGGUAAGUGAGGGGGGUAAAGGGCAAGGUAUUGUGAUGAGGUUUGUGAGGUUUCUGGUUGUCUUAGUGUGUGUAGAGAAGGUGAAGGGCCCUGGAUUGGGAUAAAUAUAUAUAUAUAUGUAUUUAUUUAUUACAGACACGUAGUUAAAGCUUUUAAAUCCACACUCUGUAAAACAAGUGGAAUGCAGCCUGGGAAUGCUGUUUUAGCCACCAAGAGUCAUUAAAGUAAUUAAGUUUUAGUAAUAAAGAGUCAUUUUUGGGCUAUCAAAAAGGAUCAAAUAAUGUAUAGCUCCUAUAACUCCUAAUGUUUAAUAUUUGAAAACCAAUUCUGCUUCUAGAAGCACUUUAUCCACUCUGAACAGAGUCCAUGAAAAAAGUUUAUGAAGAGGCUCCAGUCAUUAUGUAAAUGCACACUGAAAUAUUGCUGCCUUGAAAAAGUCAUCACACUGUUAUUACCAGCAUUAUUACAUUGGUGUUUACCAGGUGCUGUCCACAUUGGUCCACAACAUGUACCUCAAGAAACAGGUUUAAGGCAACCUACAAUUAGAGGGGUGUUUAGGGUUUAUGGUUCUCUAUCCCAUUUGUUAUUACCAACCCCUGCCACACUCGUGGUCUUGUGUCCCCUGUCAUGUGAUCAUCUCUAUCUUGUUCCAGAUUACCACUUCUCUUUGUUUAAUGUGGUGAUAAUGGCUAGGGUCCUUCUAUCAGCAGGAAAUGGAAAAACAAUAUGUGUUGGAUUGGAAGGAUUAUGUAGAAAACUCAACAAAAUUAUAAUUCCCGACAGAAGGUUUACAUAGUGAUAGUAGAUUUUAUACCAAUGUAGACUGAAUACACACAAUCUACAAAUGGAGACUGGCCAACACAGAAAUGGCAUAGAGUAAGCCAACUGUGUCAACAAUGGGAGAAGGAAAACAUGCUUUACUACAGUGUUCAAUUUAGUUGUAUGAGAGACAAUAUAUUUAAUAAGCUAUGGUUUCCAAUAAUAAUAUUCAGAUCCAUUGACAAGGAAGCAAACGUACUUGGAGAAGAUUCAUAGACAACACAGUGUACAGCAGACUACAUUACUGUGAGUUAUAUAAAAGAUAUGCUACAUAACCCCCAAAAAGAGCACACCAGAAGGGCCAGGCUGGGAAAUAAGAAGCAGCCGUAGAAGUCUUUAUACCAAUCCUCUGAUAAAUUGCAUCAGUAUAGCAUACAGAUAUACAGGCAGAAAGGAAAACUUAACAUUGAAAAUUGUUUCUGCAAUAUGAAGAAAUGCAUUCACAGGGUUUCAAAAUAAACAAAAUAUGUUCUAUUGUAAGGGACACUCCAGACCUUAAAGCACUUCAGUGUGUCUCACAAUCAUGAUUUAUUCACUCGCAUUUUUUGUUGUUUCUAUUAUUUAAAUAUUCUUUACAUAUACUACAGUAAAUAAAAACCUCUGGGAGUCAAACUUAAAAGUACUCAACCAUUUUAUUGGUAAAAUUGCAUAGCUAAGCCAGCUUCCUUAAGUGGAGCAGCCCAGCUGAUUUUAUCACCCAUGUUACCAUGAUAUUUAAUCACUUUUAAUUGUAAUUACCUUUACCGUUACCAUAGCAUAAUACACUAAUACACGCAUAACUUCUAAAAACAUUGGCUAUCUUGGCCCAACUUGUGAUUUUCUAUAAUUUGUCUAAAACUAUGAUUUAAAUUAAGGAUAAAAAAAUUGAGAGAUAAGAGAAGAGUCCAUUAGAUAUGUUUGGUCUUGUCAUGUGAUUAUAAAUCAUGGGCAUCAUGAGGUUAAAGGCUAGGGGCCAAGAAAUUAAGAUAAUCCAGGCUUGCAGUAUUUGGAUUAUCAGACAUUGUAAAUCCAGCUGCAUUGUCUACCAAGAUUCAGACGAAAUAGUGCCAUUUUACACAUAGUUAUGGUACUUGUGGCUAAGAUAUUACUACAUUGUUUCUACUGUUAUUUUCCUUUCUUAAUUAAAUCUCAACUUGUUAUCUAUCAAGAACCUGUAAUAUGGUACAAAUUAAGAAUUUUGAAAGAAUAAAACGUUUCAAAUAAAAAGCAAAAGACAAGAAAAAGUGAUAAAUUUAUGUCAAUGUAAGAAGAGUUAAAAUAUUUAUUUCACAUAUUAGUACAUACCAAUGGGAACAUGGUAUAUAGUAAAAUUGUAUAUUAAUCAUGUUAAACACUAAACUGGAUUAAGAAUUGACAAGGAUGUUGCUUAAACCAUGUAAUUCCUUUGUAAAAUUUCUAUAAAUUAUUGUUUGGGGAAUUAUAAUAUAGGAAGCAUAUUUCAAGGAGCAGAUAUUUGGGGCAAUUGUGUAAAACAACCAGAGUAAUCAAACACACUAUUAUGUUAAUUGCACCAGUUUCAACAUAAAUGUUUUUAUCUCCACUUGUGUUAACUCCAAUAUAUUUACAACAACACUUGUUAUAAAUGCAGAUUAUUAUCUGAUUUCUUCUCUAUUUACUUUUCUAGGGAGGUCGUUAUAGAGGCUCAGUGAAGGAUUUUCCAGACUUUGAUGCCAGUCAAGAUGCAGAGACUCUUUAUAAAGCCAUGAAAGGUUUUGGUAAGGUGACUUUAUCUGUAUACACUGACAACAAAUUUUAUUUAGUCUGUUAAGCCUCCCUCACCCUUCACUUUCACUCAAGCAUCAGUUUAAUAACAGCAGUAGAAACAAAGUUCUGCUUUGGAGUUCUGGUUAGUUCCUCUAUCUGAUAAAACAUAAGUAGAAACUCUUACUAAACUCUCCAUAUUCUUCAAGAGCUCAUAUGGUUCAUAAUAUAUUUGCUUCUUUAUGGCACUCAAAUGGAAAUUUCAAGCACUUGAAGGGAAAUUGCAAAAGCAAUAUAAGCACACAGUGUACUCACAGUGUGUCACUCGCUGACACACACACACUUACUGACAGUCAAACACUCACCUCCCAGGGUUCCAGUGUGGGGCAGCUCCUCGCUCCUCCCGCCCGCUGUUUAGUAUGCCUGGGUCAGAAUUAUGUCAUAUUCCGUCUCCAGGCAUCACAGUCUGCGUGCGAGGGUGGAGUGAGAGGCUGCAAGUUCAUGUGGGCAGCAAAAAAAACUAAAACUUCAGUUUUCAUAGAAACGUAGGUUUAUUUAGAAAAGUAGAGUAUAAAAAAAGUUGCCUAACUGACACUGGAUGUCUUCACGUUCGUAGGGCUUCAAAGUAAACAAAAGAGCAAAUGUAUUUAAAGGAGAUGUGCAUUUGCAUAUAACCAAUGUUUCCAACUACCUUGAUAUAUUAAGAAAAGUUUGGUAAUAGGACUGAAAUAAUGAAUGUAUGCUGUUGCACAGCUGUAAAAAAACAAAUGACGUUAUCUUGUUGAUUUUGAAGUCCUAUGAGUGUGUUCUUCACUUUGGCUGAGAUCGUCAAACUUGAUGAUCUUAGCCAAUCCAAAGCUUUCCUAUAGGAAAGCAUUGGAAGGCUAUUGUGCAUGUGUAGGAAAAAGCUGCGUGUUUUCCCCCCAAAUUAAUACAGUGCCCCGCCCCCAUAAAAUGAAAACACUGCCCACUCCCUCCCCCAAUUUAAUAUACUGCCUGCCCUCCCUCAAAUUAAUGCACUGCACUCCCUCCUCAAUUUAACAUGCAACAUAGGAAGGUCCCCCAAGCCCCUCUUCCACUACCUCACUAUGGUCCCCCAAGCCCCUGUUACACUACCUUACUACCUCAAAAUGAGUGUGGCUGGCUUGUGGGAGCAUGCAAUCAGCCAUUGGAGGGAAGACAAGAAUCAGAAAGAAAUAUCUUUCCUGUCUUGCGGCUUGUCGCAGUCACAACACAAAGUUGCCCCAGGUCAGGUGGGCCACAAAUAUAUCCAUUGUGGGCCACAUGCCACAAGUUCGACAUGCUUCGUGUAGUGUGUGUGAGGGGGCAGUGUGUAUGUUGUGCGUGUGUGUGAGGGUGCUGUGCAUGUGUGUGAGGGUUGCUGUGCUUUUGUGAGGGUCGCUGUGUGUGUGUGAAGGGUGCUGUGUGUGCGGGGUGCUUUGCAUGUAAGAGGGGGCAGUGUGUGUGAGGGGGGAGUGCGUGAGGGGUAGAGUGUAGGUGAGAGGUAAUGUGUGUGUGGACCAAUCUGUGUGUGGUGGCAGUGUGUGUGAGGGGGUAGUGUCUAUGUGUGAGGGGGGCAGUCAUUAUGUGUGUGAGGGGGCAGAAGGUGUGUGUAGUGUAGGGUGUAGUGUGUGUGAAGGGUGCAUAUCAUCUAUGCUGUGUUUAGGUGGGUGAGAUGUGAAUAUCUAUCUUAAUGUCUCCCCCUCCCACCCCCAUUCUUAAUUUUUACCAGGAAGGGGGGACAUAAUGUUACUCUGCUGGAACUAAGUGCCAGCAGACCAGUGAGGGAGGGCCGAGAGGGCUUACAGUAAGGCUUGCUCUGCAUGGGCCGGCAGGGGAGAUGAAAAGAUUCCCCCCUGCCGGCCUUGGCCCAUGGCCAUCGAGGCUCACUGGGCAUUUUCUACAGAACCCACGAUCACCCACCUGAAAUCCCAAAUCGCCCACUAGUGGGCAGUAGGGAUGAGGUUGACUACUCCUGGUGUAGACACUCUCAGUGCACAGCUAUUUCUUUCUGUUUUGUUACUUUUUGCACAACUUGUGAGAUAAAUUCCAAUGGGAACAUUUACAGAGAAACCAUCAUUAACAUUACUUAUUUAGCAUCAGUCGUUCGCAUGUGUUAAUGACACCCUAUUCAUUGACAUUUGUGUUGUCUUAUUGAUACUUUUAGGUCAUGUGUGAACCUCAAAGUUAUAUUUUUCAUCCUCAAUCUAUGUGAAGUUGAAAAGUCAUAAACAUUUUAUUUUUUUAAAUGUUAUUCUCCUUUCUUGCAGGCAGUGAUAAAGAAGCCAUACUGGACCUCAUCACAACCAGGAGGAACCACCAGCGUAUUGAAAUCAUCCAGGCCUACAAAUCCCUCUAUGGGAAGGUCCGUACAUAAACCUAUAAUCUUUUAACUGAUUAGGUAUUUAUACCUCUCACCUAAAAAAAACAUAAAACACAAAUUCUUAACUGCUGAGAUUAUCUAGUUGCCAAGUCAGGAUUCUUUAGGACAGUUUUUCAUGAGCUCCAAAUGUGGUUGCUCAUUGUAUUUUGUUGGGUCCCCAAAAUCAUAUUAAUAAAUCUUUAGACAAUUUCUCAAGAUAAACUAGUUAAUUUAGCAGUGCUGCCUUUUUCCUAUCUAAAAUACAGAAUGGUCUAAUCAUUUUUUUUUUAAAUCAUGAAUUUUACUAUUUAUUAAAUUGCAGUCACUGUGCUAAUGUUCCUAUCAAAUAAAGGCGGAGAGCCACUUGUUUAGGACGAGUAAUUACAUGAAAAAUCCAGACACUAGAAUUUUCACCAUGUGUACAGUAGCUAUGUUCCAGAAUGCACAUUGGGCUAAAAAAAUAAUUUUUACUAACAAGAUGCUCAUUGUGUAGUGGCAUAUUUACCACUACACAAGUUGCUUCUAUCAGUUUUAACCAAGUUGCUUAUAUCUGUUUUGUGAUUUUAUUUAUAUGUGCAGUAUCAAAUGUAUCUGCCAUUACUGCCCAGUAGAAGUGGACAAGGAGUCCCUUUACCACCGGGAAAUCCACCAACAGAGAGUCAUUAAGUGGUCCUCGUUGGGACACUCUGAACUCUGGCUCUUUGUUGAGAGUGCGAUAUCCCCAAUACCCCUUUACUCUCUGCACUAGAUUUCAAAUGCUGAUGUGGCUCAUUUUACUAGGAUGCAUCCAACUUUCUUGUUAUGUUAUGGGUAUGGAAACUGUAAAGUGCCUUGCAAAAGUAUUCACGCCCCUUGACUUGUUACCUAUUUUGUUACAUAACAGCCUUAAGUUCAAUGUUUUAUUAGUCUGAAUUUUAUGUGAUAGAUCAGAACACAAUAGUCUAGGUUGGUGAAGUGAAAUGAGAAAAAUAUAUACAUAAAACUAUUUUUUAGAAAUAGAAAACAGAAAAUUGGCAUGUGCGUAUGUAUUCACCCCCUUUGUUGUGAAGCCAAUAAAAAACUCUGGUGCAACCAAUUACCUUCCGAAGUCACAUAAUUAGUAAAAUGAUGUCCACCUGUGUGCAAUCUAAGUGUCACAUGAUCUGUCAUUACAUAUACACACCUUUUUUGAAAGGCUCCAGUGGCUGCAACACCUAAGCAAGAGGCACCACUAACAAAACACUGCCAUGAAGACCAAGGAACUCUCCAAACAAGUAAAGGACAAUGUUGUUGAGAUGUACAAGUCAGGGUUAGGUUAUUAAAAAAAAUCAAAAUCUUAGAUGAUCCCCAGGAGCACCAUCAAAUCUAUCAUAGCCAAAUGGAAAGAACAUGGCACAACAGCAAACCUGCCAAGAGAUGGCCGCCCACCAAAACUCAUGGACCGGGCAAGGAGGGCAUUAAUCAGAGAGGCAGCACAGAGACCUAAGGUAACCCUGGAGGAGCUGCAGAGUUCCACAACAGAGACUGUAGUAUAUUUACAUAGGAAGACAAUAAGCCGUACGCUCCAUAGAGUUGGGCUUAAUGGCAGAGAGGCCAGAAGAAAGCCAUUACAUUUAGCAAAAAAACAAAAUGGCACAUUUUGAGUUUGCGAAAAGGCAUGUGGGAGACUCCCAAAAUAUAUGAAAGGAAGGUGCUCUGGUCUGAUGAGACUAAAAUUUAACUAUUCGGCCAUCAAAGAAAACGUUAUGUCUGGCACAAACCCAACACAUCACAUCACCCAAAGAACACCAUCCCCACAGUGAAACAUGAUGGUGGCAGCAUUAUGCUGUGGGGAUGUUUUUCAGCAGCAGAGUUGAGGGAAAGAUGAAUGGUGUUAAAUACAGGGAUAUUCUUGAGCAAAACCUGUACCACUCUGUGCGUGAUUUGAGGCUAGGACAGAGGUUCACCUUCCAGCAGGACAAUGACCUCAAACACACUGCUAAGGCAACACUCAAUCCAAUAGAAAAUCUGUGGUCAGACUUAAAGAUUGCUGUUUACAAGCGCAAACCAUCCAACUUGAAGGAGCUGGAGCAGUUUUGCAAGGAGGAAUGGGCAAAAAUCCCAGUGGUAAGAUGUGGCAAGCUCAUAGAGACUUAUCCAAAGCGACUUGGAGCUGUGAUUGCCGCAAAAGGUGGCUCUACAAAGUAUUGACUUUGGGGGGGGGGUGAAUAGUUAUUCACAUUGACUUUUUUUGUUAUUUUGUCCUAUUUGUUGUUUGUUUCACAGUAAAAAACAAAACAUCUUCAAAGUUGUGGGAAAGUUCUGUAAAUUAAAUGAUGCAAAUCCUCAAACAAUCCAUGUUAAUUCCAGGUUGUGAGGCAACGAAACACAGAAAAUGCCAAGGGGGUGAAUAUUUUUGCAAGGCACUUUAUAUACACUGCUCAAAAAAAUAAAGGGAACACUUAAACAACACAAUGUAACUCCAAGUCAAUCACACUUCUGUGAAAUCAAACUGUCCACGUAGGAAGCAACACUGAGUGACAAUCAAUUUCACAUGCUGUUGUUCAAAUGGGAUAGACAACAGGUGGAAAUUAUAGGCAAUUAGCAAGACACCCCCACUAAAGGAGUAGUUCUGCAGGUGGUGACCACAGACCACUUCUCAGUUGCUAUGGUUCCUGGCUGAUGUUUUGGUCACUUUUGAAUGCUGGCGGUGCUUUCACUCUAGUGGUAGCAUGAGACAGAGUCUACAACCCACACAAGUGGCUCAGGUAGUGCAGCUCAUCCAGGAUGGCACAUCAAUACAAGCUGUUGCAAGAAGGUUUGCUGUGCUUGUAGUGUCCAGAGCAUGGAGGCGCUACCAGGAGACAGGUCAGUACAUCGGGAGACGUGGUGGAGGCUGUAAGAGGGCAACAACCCAGCAGCAGGACCGCUACCUCCGCCUUUGUGCUAGGAGGAACAGGAGGAGCACUGCCAGAGCCACGAAAAAUGACCUCCAGCAGGCCACAAAUGUGCAUGUGUCAGCUCAAGCGGUCAGAAACAGACUCCAUGAGUGUGGUAUAAGGGCCCGACAUCCACAGGUGGGGGUUGUGCUUACAGCCCAACACCGUGCAGGACGUUUGACAUUUGCCAGAGAACACCAAGAUUGGCAAAUUCGCCACUGGCGCCCUGUGCUCUUCACAGAUGAAAGCAGGUUCACACUGAGCACAUGUGACAGACUUGACAGAGUCUGGAGACGCUGUGGAGAACAUUCUGCUGCCUGCAACAUCCUCCAGCAUGACCGGUUUGGCAGUGGGUCAGUAAUGGUGUGGGGUGGCAUUUCUUUGGGGGGCCGCACAGCCCUCCAUGUGCUCGCCAGAGGUAGCCUGACUGCCAUUAGGUACCAGAAUGAGAUCCUCAGACCCCUUGUGAGACCAUAUGCUUUUGCGGUUGGCCCUGGGUUCCUCCUAAUGCAAGACAAUGCUAGACCUCAUGUGGCUGGAGUGUGUCAGCAGUUCCUGCAAGACAAAGGCAUUGAUGCUAUGGACUGGCCCGCCUGUUCCCCAGACCUGAAUCCAAUUGAGGACAUCUGCGACAUCAUGUCUCGCUCCAUCCACCAACAUCACGUUGAACCACAGACUGUCCAGGAGUUGGCAGAUGCUUUAGUCCAGGUCUGGUAGGAGAUCCCUCAGGAGACCAUCCGCCACCUCAUCAGGAGCAUGCACAGGCGUUGUAGGGCAGUCAUACAGGCACGUGGAGGCCACACACACUACUGAGCCUCAUUUUGACUUGUUUUAAAGACAUUACAUCAAAGUUGGAUCAGCCUGUAGAGUGUUUUUCCACUUUAAUUUUGAGUGUGACUCCAAAUCCAAACCUCCAUGGGUUGAAAAAUUAGAUUUCCAUUUUUUAAUUUUUGUGUGAUUUUGUUGUCAGCACAUUCAAAUAUGUAAAGAACAAAGUAUUUCAGAAGAAUAUUUAAUUCAUUCAGAUCUAGGAUGUGUUAUUUUUGUGUUCCCUUUAUUUUUUUGAGCAGUGUAUAUAUAUUGCCUAAAGGAACACUAUGGUGUCAGGAAUACAAACAUGUAUUUAUGAUACUAUAGUUUUAAACUACCUAUUUAGGUCUUCCCCCUACAUCACUUUAAAAAGGUUUUUACUCACCUUUUUCCCACGCUGUGUUGGCUCUAGACUCCAUGGCUAGAUCAUCAGUCUUGAUGAUCUCAGCCAGUCCAAUGCUUUCCCAUAGGAAAUCAAUCAGCAUCUCCCGUAUAGAUGCAUCUCUGUGAAGAAGGUUCUGUUCAUACUGUGCAGCACUGCAUAGGAAACAUCUCUAGUGACUGAGUGGCUGCUACUAGAGGUGUUAGUAGGCACUUCUACUAGGGAACUCCAGUGACAGUCUGCCACUAGAGAUGUUACUAGGCUCCUAUACCAGGGUGUUACAAGGCAAUGUUUACAUUGAAACGCCUGCUGAAACGGGCUGUAGACACCAGAACCACUACAUUAAUGUGUAGUAGUUCUGGUGACAAAAGUGUCCCUUUAAGUAAAAUAAAGUGUUCAAUAAAUUAUCAACAGAUGCUACAUGCAAGAUGCUACUUAUAAUAACAAAGCUAUUUUCCUCUUUCAAAGGAUCUUAUUGAAGAUUUGAAAUAUGAACUGACUGGAAAAUUUGAAAGACUCAUAGUAGGGUUGAUGCGCCCUCCUGCAUACUGUGAUGCCAAGGAAAUUAAGGAUGCCAUAGAUGUAAGUACUUCAUGUUGUAAUUUGCAUUAAUUAAAUCUUAAACUUUUGAUAUCUUUUAUCUGUUUAUAUUUGUUUGGAGACUUGUGUGUUCACUAAAUUGUGGGUUCUAAAAAUUUGUGAAAAUUCAGUACACUCCAACAAAGCCAAACUCUGUUCUACUUUUUGGCUAAUUUAACAUUUAACAUUGGGUGUAGUAUGAGACCCAAUAAAGAUUGAUAUUACUUGAAGUUUAAUAAAUCCAAUCUUCAUUUUGUUAUCUGCUUCAUUGAAGUAUUUCUAUAGCCAAGAAGAAUGAUCAGGUCAGCAUUUUUUUAAGAUUUGGUCAGAAUAAAUAUUAGAACUUGUUAAAAAAAAUAACAUGUUCUAAAAUGAGUGGUUUAAUUCAUUUAUUUUUCAUUUAUUGAUAUUGUUAUUUAUAUAUGAGGUAAAUUUAUUAUUAAAUAAUAAUUGAGGUAUCUUUUUCAGUUUUUACAAUCUUGGUUUAAAGGGCCACUAUAGGCACAAAAACAACUUUAGGUUAAUAAAGCGGCUUGGGUGUAUAGAUCAUGCCUCUUCAGUUUCACAACUUUUGAUGCUUAUAUUGGCCCUUCAAGGUUUUCAUACUUCAUGUGUAACAAAAGUAUGUUUCCUCUUAAUCAAUAAAUAAUCUGGUCGAUCUAGCAUUUUAUGGAAAUCUCAUAAAGCAGAACAAUCAAUUUUUCAAUUAUUAAUGAGCAAAAGUGGAAAUUAUGAAAGAAGCCUAAGUAAAAUGUGCUUUAAUUGUACAUAUAAACAAGACAGCAGCAUUGUUCAAUAUUUCUAUAUUUUUCUUGUAUAAUUAACCGUCUGUCUUUGUCUCUCAUGUUCCUAAUGUACUGGGCAGCACAUAUUGUAUUUAGUAUAUAAUUAUUUAUUAAAUAUAAUGUUUUAAGACCAUGCAUAAACAAAAAGACUCAAUUUGUCAUCGUUAAGUAUCAGUAUAAAAUUCCAUAUAUAGUUCAAGAAUGAUAUACAUAAAACAUAAAGAAACAAUAACAAACAAAUACCAAACAUUUACAUGAGCCUGUUCUGCAUAAAAAGCGAAGACUUCAGAGCCCAUGAACGCAUAUUUUGCAUUUAGAAUAUUGAUCUAAAUAUCACAAAAUCAUUGUCCAUAGCAAAUGCUUUCUACUAUAUGAUUACUUACUAUGAGGUUUGGAAAAAGUAUGUUUAUUUUGACAUCUGUCAAUAAAAAAAAAUGGUGAGUUUAACCCCUUAAGGACACAUGAUUCCCUUUUAUUCCAGAAGUUUGGUCCUUAAGGGGUUAAAAGUCGGCACUAUAUAUUUUUAUAAUAAUUUUUUAGCCUAUGAAAGUUUUUGACAACCGUGUUAAAAUCUUCAGGAUGUUCCUCAUUGCCAGAUUAAAUACCCAACAGAGUAAUGGUAUGUGUUUUUAGUAAUAUCUAUUACUAUACCUAUAAACUCAUAACAAAAGCCAAACACUAGAUAAGUGUGCCUAAAAUACAAAUUAGCCCAUUCGUGGUCACAUAUAAAACAUAUAUACGUACAUAUGAACCAUAGACAUAUGUACGUAUCUAUGUUUUAUAUGUGACUUCGCUUAUGGGCUAUAUUGUUUUUUUAGGCGCGUUUAGCUAUUGUCUGGUUUUUGUUAUAACUUUAUUUCCACAAGGUUUUGGGAAUCACUGUAAGUUUGGCUGCUGCCUUAUUAUAAGUAUAAAGUGAGAACCUAAUUUCUGUGUUUCUUUUUUAAGAUUAUACCUAUAAACUCCCCAUGACUUUUGCCUUAUCUCACCACUGGUUGUUUUUGUUGAUAUUUGUUUAUUACACAGGCUUUUUCAGAGUAAGCAUGGGGUAUUUCACCACUCCAUAGCAUUUUUAUUCUGACGUCUGUAUUUUAAUGUAAGAUCAAUAAACAUCCUUCUUCGUCAACUAACAGAAAGGUACAUUGAGAUACUGAAGCUCUUAAUGAUCUGGAGAAAUUGCUCAUUAAGCAUUUUACUGAUUGUGUUACAGGGUGUUGGCACAGAUGAGAAAUGCCUUAUAGAGAUAUUGGCCUCUCGUGAUAACCAGCAAAUUCAUGCACUGGUGGAGGCUUAUAAAGAUGGUGAGUACAUGCAGAAUGCAGAUCCCCUCCAGAUAUCUGCUAAAGGAUCAGAAUUUAACUGACAGGAGGAAAUGCCUACUGAAUCCCCAUCUUACGUAUGCACAGAAACGUAGAAAUGGACCGAUAUUAUAGCAUUGUUAUUGUUAAUAUAUGCAUAUUCUAAUAUAUAUACUGCUAUAUGUGUAUCAGUAUACAUCAAAUAUACUGUAUGUUGACUUGUGUUUGUAUAUGAUUGCAGCAUAUGGCCGUGAUCUGGAGACAGAUGUAGUUAAAGAUACCAGUGGCCAUUUCAAGAAAAUGCUUGUUGUUCUGCUGCAGGUAAUGUAUGUUAUUUUAUUCCUAAGGUUAAUUCCAGUUUGUGUGGAACUCUUCCUUGAUUAUUUUAUGUGAUUUCUAAAGAAUGCAACGAAACAUUUGGUGAGGGGCAGCAGGCAGAACUAUUCAGAAUAGUGCAAAAACUCAUACAAGCCCAAACUAUUUGAGAUAGUAGUACACUAUAGUAUCACCAAUUUAACCACUCUAUAUCAGCAAUCCGUGUACCCUGUCCAAUUUUCAUAGCAUAGGGUAAUGUGGAUGUGUGCGUGUAUGUAUGAGCACGCGCAUGUGUGUUUAUCUAACAUUCGAAUAGCACACAGGCUAUGAUUUAAAAGAAAAGAUAUAGAGUACCAUGCUUUCAUACUGAAUGAUAUCAAUCCUCGUGCCAUUUUCAUACCUUCUAAGUAAGAGCACCCCUAAUCCUGGAGGGGUAAAAGAAAGCAUUACCAUGCAGAGACCCUGAAAAUUACCCUUACACCUUCAUGCACACCCAGCUUGUGGAAUAAAGUGUAAUGGUAUGCUAGCGGGUAGAAGAAUGGGCAAAUGCUAAAAAGGAACCUAACUUGUAAUGCAUUCCCUCCCCCUCUUCAAAAAGAGGUAAUAAUUACCCUAUAACCCUUGCACACAAGGUGGAGAAAGAGGGGGUAACAAGGAAGAUCUUUAUUGGACAAUUUUAAGGAACCCCUAAAUUAUUAUUUUUAAAAUCUCUCCAUUCCUAUUUCAGGGUUAAUGUGGAAGUCAGGCUAUGCUAGCUAUCAGUUACAGUUUCUUAUUAUGCAUUGUCUGUAUAAAAUAUAAGGUUUCCACCAGAAUAAAUGGCAACACGCUUUUUAUGGUUUUCAAUUGCAGCCAUAUUUUAAUGGCAUCAUUGCUUAACUGUGCAAGUUAGUGAACUACAUUUUUUAAUUAAAAAACAGCUCUGUGAGAAAUAUUUGCUGAUUCCAUGCAGUAAAAUAACCCCCAAGUGUUGUUCAUGAGAAUCAUGUAGGAUGUGUGCAGCCAGAUUACAUCACCAGGAAUGCUCAUUUUUAGUAAACUGUUUGCAUGAUGUUUAAAUAGAUGUGAAGCAGCUGCCCAAAACAAAGGGAGCAUCUGUAGCAAUUCAAAUAGGUCACUUUCCACUUUCUAUUACAAUUUGCUGCUGAAUGUCUGCAACGUAAGCAACAAAUGUUAUAAUUGAAAUGUUCAUAAAAUGCCCCUUCUUUUGAAAAAGACCACAAACAUGGAUAUUUGUAAACUUGUUUUUUUUUUAAUAUUUUUGAACAUGUCUGUGCUUGUUUAUUUGUUUCUGUUCUGAUAUACUAUUUGCGUUUUCCAAUAGAACAUUCUUUUUUUUUUUUUAUUACCAGGGCACAAGAGAAGAAGAUGACAUUGUGAGUGAGGAUCUGGUAAUGCAGGAUGCCACGGUAAUGUCUGGCCAGAGACACAUCAUGCAUGUUAUUAAUUUUCUAUUUUUAAGCAGUAAACACAUUCUGCAGUAUAAGUAGGGCUAAAUUUAUAUCUCAGGUGCGGCUAGACACAAAUGCUGCUCGUCUACUUCUUCCACCAAAGAAAAAGAAAAAACAAAGAACUCUGUCACUUGAUCCCCCGUUUGGAGGGAGCACAAGAAAGUCAGGCAUUAUCUCAACCAUCCACCCACAAUGUAGCAGCUGAUACUAAACAAUAUAUAAAAUAUAGGUAUAAAAACAAAUAAUAUUCAGUGUUCAGCUUGACAUCCCUACAUUUAAGGACAGUCAUACCCUGCUUACUGGCAAAUCUGGCACUAAGUAUAUAGAAUAAUAUUUAAGAAAUUUAAACACUAAUUUUAAUGAACUUUACAAUAUACACAUAAAGAGGAACAGGGUGAAAUUUCCCACUCAAAGAGGAGAAACAAGACGAUUGUCAUCUUUGGCUUCCUGUUUGUCACCCUGGACUAUAUAUAAAAGUGCCAGGAAAACAUGCAAAAAAUUAUAUAUUUUUAAUAUUAUAUUAUAUAGUGCUGAGUUACACUUGUCUGUCAUUGUCAGCCGAUCGGGGGGACCUAAUGCACAUGCAUGGCGAGCUUCCUGCGUGCAUUAGACCUUCCCCAUAAGAAAGCAUUGUAUAAAUGCUUUCCUAUUGGUAUUUGUAGCAUGCAUAGCAUGAGGACAUCAAAACUCUGUGAAACUCCACAAUGCGCCUCUAGUGACUGUAUGGAUGACAGCUACUAGAAACAGUCUUAGCCCUUUAAUGUAAACAUUGUAAUUUCUCAAAAAAGGAGUGUUUUACAGUGCAGGGUUAAGGGAACAAGGGACAUUACACUCAGACGACUUCAAUGAGAUGACAUGGUCUGGGUGCCUAUAGUGUCCCUUCAAAAGGGACACAAUAGUCACCAGAACAACUACAGCUUAAUGUAGUUGCUCUAGUGUCUAUAGCCUGUCCCUGCAGGCAUUUCAAUGUAAACACAGCCUUUUCAUAGAAAAGGCAGUGUUUACAUUACUGCCUAGAAACACCUCUAGUGGCAGUCACUCAGCCACUAGAGGUGCUUCCUGAGUCAGUGCUGCACAACAUGCAGCAUUGAUGUUCAGAGUCUCCACGCUCUGCAUGAAGAUGUUGAGCUUUCCCCAUAGCAAUGCAUUGAUUAUGAGUAGAUGCUGAUUGGCCAGUGCAGCAUUUGCUCUGCCCUGCCUCCUUGGCUGAGAUUAUCAGAAUUGAUGAGAUCAUCAACUCUGAUAAUGUCAGCCAUCGGAGGCGGAUCAGAGGUGGGAUCAGCACAAGCGGACCUUCACGGCUCUGAAAUGAAGGUGAGUUUUUUUAACUUUUAAGAGGGGCAAGGGGGAGCUGGCCACCUAAAUGGUGACUUUACCAUAAUAGGGUCAGGAAUACAUGUUCCUUUAUAAUGAUUUUUAUGAACCUAUAGAAAUAGACAAAAAAAAAACUCACGGUAUGCUGCUAAUAAUGAUACAUUCUGAAUUUUAGAGUGUGUUUCAGAUUUUUAUAGAAUAUUAUGUCAUAACCAAUUGCAUUCUUUAUAACAAUGCAUUGUUGAAAACUUUAUCCAGGAUUUAUUUGACGCUGGAGAACAGAAAUGGGGAACCGAUGAGGCUCAAUUCAUCUAUAUUUUAGGAAGCAGGAGCAAGACACAUCUUCAACUAGGUAAGCAUACGUUUCUGGUUUCAUAGAGACCCUAGUGCCCUAUUAUUGAUACCCUAAAAAGUGUGGAUCACAGAAAACUAAAGGCCUGUGAUAACUACAUAUGGGAUUACGUAAAAAAGAAAAUAAUAUAUUUACUAUCACAUAUGCUUAGUUUUUGUGCACUCACGCCAUUUCUUAUGUAUAAAACUUUUCUACAUUGGUGCUUUUUUUUCUGCCUUUCUGUAGUGAACCAAAACAUUCCAUAUUUUCGCAACUUUUUAUUUCUUUUUCAAAUUUCUUACUAUUUUACCAUUUAUUAAAAAGAUGUGACUGCAAUAAAAAAGGUUUUUUUAUAGAAUAAAGCAAAAAGGAAGAUUGUAAAAGCUGAAAUGUGUUAGUAGUAAAUGCACAUUUUUUCACAUAUUUUUGAAACCUAUUGGAAGCAAUAAAAAGGAACCAAAGUGGGUCAGGAAGAUGAAAUAAUGAAAAAGGCACACUAUGGAUUGUUUUAUUGCAAAUAAGAGAAAAGCACAAAAAAAAACAUGAAUAAAUGAACAUGACACUAUUUAUACAUAACCCUUAUGAUGUCUUCACUGUAAUAGCAAAUUGCUGGCAAAUAUGGUAUUCAUACCUGAUUAUGAUGUAUACAUCCUGCAAGUUUGCCACCAGAAUAUGCAGUGUUUAAUGUUCAAUAAAUGUGUCCAACCCAAAAUGCAUGCCACACACAUCAUUUGUGUCUGAGAAGGGCACACCAGUAGCCAUAUCUGUAGUAUUCUGAAAGUUGGGUAGCAUGGUGCAUUUGGUACCAGAGGUGUACCAGUAAGCCACGAAAUAAAAUAAUAUUUAUCAACGCUACAGAAGGAAACUCUGUCAGAUUUGUAAUGACAGAAAACCAGUCUUCUUUUUUAAAAAAGAUUUCAUUUAUUGUAAUUUGUGGAUGUUUAGUAGCAUUCAUCAGCGAUUGUGCAUUAACGAACAUGAGAUUGCCAAGAGGUUGGAAGGAGCUAGAGUGAAUAUGGAUUUAGCUUAGGUAAGAUCUAUGAAAAUGUGAAUCUAUAGGGCUCAACAGGGUGAGUGAAAAGUAAGGUCAGAGUAACUUGCAACAUUAGAAAGCUCUUUAUGCAUUUCACUCAAACAGUUAGGUGUCGGAAGAAACUAUAUUAGUUACUGUGUUCCUGGGGUUUGUCAGAACCGUUCGUACAAGUCUGAAAAUGUGUCAACAGUGAAUUUUAAAAUUUCCAUCCAAUGAAAGCUGGGGAACGAAAGUGAUAUUAGAAAGUAAUUUUUGCUUCCUGUCACUAACAUAUGUGCACUUAAGAGAACAUCAAGCCAUGUGUUUUAGUCAUUAGCUUUAAAAGCCAAUAGUCCACACAGGAAAGACUCUCAGUGCAAUGUGACUGUAAUAUCCGGGCAGGAUUUUGAUUAAUGCUUGUAGUUAUAUGCAAUUAAUUAAGUUUCUGACGUAGUGGUCUGAGCUUCUGUAUUCCUCCUUCCUCCUAUUAUAAAUUAACGAGCAGGUGAAUGGAAGUCAGACUUUGUUUUAUUAAUGCGUCACUAUGUAGUUAAGUCAAAUUAAGAUAAAUAAUCUAUAGGGGGUUUCUCAUUAAAUAGUGAGUGGUUGUGAGUUAAAAACUAAAUUGCAAACAAAAUAUUAAAGUCAAAGCUCAACCAAUAUGGGUCAUUUUUGAUGUGGCAUGCAGAAACAAAGAAACAGGGUGCUUAAAGGGAAAAACCUGUUCCCUCACAAGGUACGUAACAAUCAUAUAAUGAAAAUAAUUCCCAAGCACACCAGAUAUUUUGGUACAAAGAUUAUUUUAUUUCUUUAGAUGUAUAUUUAAUGAAAAAGUGCAAUUGUGCAAUUGUGCAUACCGUAUAUACUCGAGUAUAAGCCGACCCGAAUAUAAGCCGAGACCCCUAAUUUUACCCCAAAAAAACUGGGAAAACGUAUUGACUCGAGUAUAAGACUAGGGUGGGAAAUGCAGCAGCUACUGGUAAAUUUCUAAAUAAAAUUAGAUCCUAAAAAUAUUAUAUUAAUUGAAUAUUUAUUUACAGUGUGUGUAUAUGAUGAAUGCAGUGUGUGUGUAUGAGUGCGCAGUGUGUGUAUAAAUGCAGUGUGUAUAUGAGUGCAGUGUGUGUGUAUGAAUGCAGUGUGUGUAUAUGAAUGCAGUGUGUGUGUAUGAGUGCGCAGUGUGUGUAUGAGUGCGCAGUGUGUGUAUGAGUGCAGUGUGUGUGUAUGAGUGCAGUGUGUGUGUAUGAGUGCAGUGUGUGUGUGUAUGAAUGCAGUGUGUGUAUGAAUGCAGGGUGUGUGUAUGAAUGCAGUGUGUGUGUGUAUGAGUGCAGUGUGUGUGUGAUGCAGAGCCUUGGUGGGGGGGUGGGCAUUUUUAUAAAAAAAAAUAAAAAAUUAAUAUUUUAAUUUUUUUUUGUUAUAUUAUUUUUUAAAAUUUUUUUUUAUUAUUAUUUAUAUAUUAUUAUUUAUUAUUAUUUUUAUUAUUUAUAAAUUAUUUAUUUAUUUUUCGUCCCCCCUCCCUGCUUGAUACAUGGCAGGGAGGGGGGCUCUCCUUCCCUGGUGGUCCAGUGGCAUUGGCAGUUCAGUGGGGGUAGGAGGUGGGCUGGCAGAGCUGUUACUUACCUCUCCUGCAGCUCCUGUCAGCUCUCUCCUCCUCCGCGCCGGUCAGUGCAGCUCCUCUCUCAGCUCACACUGUAAGUCUCGCGAGAGCCGCACUAUGACCCCGCGGCUCUCGCGAGACUUACACUGGGAGCUGACCGAAGUGCUGACCGGACCGGCGCGGAGGAGGAGGGAGCUGACAGGAGCUGCAGGAGAGGUAAGCGCUCGCUGCCAGCCCCCAGUCUGUAUUAUGGCAAUGUAAAUUAAUGUAAAUUGCCAUAAUACAGACAGUGACUCGAGUAUAAGCCGAGUUGGGGUUUUUCAGCACAAAAAAUGUGCCGAAAAACUCGGCUUAUACUCGAGUAUAUACGGUAUUUAAUAGCGUGCUUAAGACAUAAAGUGCUUUUACCAAAAACCCAUGAAAUAUAAACAAGGUUUACUGACCUAGAGUUUGGAGACCAAAACAACCCCAACGUUUCGGUCCUUGACUAACCUAGAGCUUGGAGACCAAAACAAACCCAACGUUUCGGGCCUUGACUGACCUAGAGCUUGGAGACCAAAACAACCCCAACGUUUCGGUCCUUGACUGACCUAGAGCUUGGAGACCAAAACAACCCCAAUGUUUCGGUCCUUGAAACUAAAUUGCAAAACAGAUAUCAAAAGGACCGAGAUGGCAAAAAAAAUGGAGGUCUAAUUUUUUUGACAGUGGCACUGUAAGGGAUGCCAACCAUUUGCUGUCUACUCACAGACAAACUGAUAUGAAAUCUCAGAUGAUAAAAUGUGAAUAAUACAAAGAAGCUGUUUGAUGCUGAGCAAAAGAUAGCUUUUUAAUGUCAGGGUUCCAUUAACAUUUCAUGUCCAUUAAAAUUGAAUAGGAACGUGACAUAAGAAAAUGUUUUUUAUUGUUCAGCAGCUGCUAUGUUUAAUGUAAUGUUGCAAUUUCCCACCACUUAUGCAGUGUUUGAUGAGUAUGAGAAAAUUGCCGGGAAACCUAUCGAAGAAAGUAUUAAGGGAGAACUUUCUGGAGACUUUGAGAAGUUGAUGUUGGCUGUAGGUAAGGUGGUCACUCUUUCACUCUCUUCACCCUCCUGUCAAUGACUUGUCUACUGUAUUCUUUUUACUGCAAUUAGAUGGGUCCAGAAACCUAAAUAGUUAUUUUAGCGCUACAAUAUCAGGAAUAAAUGUUUGGGUUCCUGACACCAUAGUGUUACUUAAACACAAAUGCCAAGCAUCUUAAAAGUAACUUUGGGACUUGAACCAUUGGAUAGGACAAUUAACCCAAUUUUGCUUUUAUCAUUUAAUAGGAAAGUGGAGUCUAUUUUUCUUUGUCUAAUUUUUUUUUUUUUUAUGUGCCAGUCUGUUCCACUGCCUGACUCUCAUCUCCUUAUUUUAUUAUUUUGUCAGAUACACAUUUUCCACUUGCAAGGUUUUUUUUUGGGGGGGAGGGGGUUUAAUGCACAUCCUAACAAUGUUAGUACUGAAGGCUAGACACAUCAGUAACGGAAUCGAUAAUGUCUCAUAUAUAGAUUUUGUGUAUGUGUGUCAAUUAAACACUUCAGGCCACACAUGUUGUGUUAAUACUAGCUAUGUUUUCAGUUAAAUACUGUAGCCUAAAAUUUGAUAUCCCCUUUGGCUCUUUCAAUUAACCCUCUAGUGAGCAACCUUGCUAAUAUUUACAAAUAGCAAUGUGGUCUUUCCACUGGUCAGCUGCUAAAUUAAAACUCCAACUUGGUGUCUGCCAUGUGAGGAAAGGUAAAGACCUCAUGGACUUUUAUCUGCACCAUGAUUUCCCUCUGUGCUGCGUCUGAAUGCAUAAAAAAUAAAUAAUUACCUAGCCUGAGAUUCCUAUUUAGGUCCAGUCCGAACCAGACUAGACACGAUGUCGGCUUUCAUAUUAGCAUCAAAUAUAUUUCUGUGUUACCAUUUUGACAAUUUCAAUAUUGAAUUAAUUAUUUUAUCCUGGCUGCCGCACAUUAUUAUAAUCGCAUUUAUGUUUUUCUCUUUAGUAAAAUGUGUCCGUAGCAUAAAGGACUAUUUUGCCACAAGACUGUACAAAGCCAUGAAGGUAAGUGAUUUCCAGUCUGUAUUAGACAUGCAUGCACUGGAAGUUAAAAUUGCAAUGUCCCUAUUUACACAAGAUAUCUGUGUGCCUAAAAAAUGUUAAGAAAUUUACAAUUUUUUUUACCAUUUUGAUCAUUUCGUUUCAGGGCAUGGGCACAGCUGAUAAUACUCUUAUUCGGAUUAUGGUUUCACGCAGUGAGGUUGACAUGAUGGACAUUAGGGAGUCAUUCAGGACACAAUAUGAAAAGUCCCUGUACUCAAUGAUAAAGGUAAAUCCCCAUGGUAUCUUCAGAUUGUCAAUGAAUUUCAUAAUUCUGUUUAAAUUCUAAUAACAUCAAGCAGGUAACCCUUGAAAAGGUAACUUGAUUUAUAAUUCUAGCACACUGAGUCUGUAACACAAUGAAGAGUGUCAGAGUUAGCAAAAAUUAGAUCAGUGUAUAGGAUGUUCAUCCCACUAGACCAUCAAUGGUUGGAGCCCUCACUACCUGAAUACACCCUUUUUGAUAAAUAAUUCUUCCCUUUACAAAAACAAUAUAGGACUUACUGAAGGAAAAAUAAUGUGUGUGACCUGCAUAUGUUAAAGAAAAUCUUUCACAUAACUUUUUGAUUUAUACUUUGGCAUUCAAAAUCUGAAUCUUCAUUUCAUUAUAACCUUGUGCAAACAUACAUAUAGACUACAGUAAUAUUUUCAGAUUUCCACACCAAUCUAUAACAUGACUGUAUAUAUCUAGUCAGAACUCAAUUUAAUUUAAGAAAUUAAUAUUGCUAGAAAAUGUGUCUUACAAUAUGUUGGUGUUUGUGUUUCAGAAUGAUACAUCAGGGGAAUAUAAGAAGGCACUUCUGAACCUGUGCGGUGGGGAUGAUGAGUAUGUACAUCCAUGGCUGGCAUUACAGAGUGGUAGCAUGUGUCAGGACAUCUUCAAUUAUAAUAUAAAAAUCAAAUCUGUCAAAUUUCCCAUUCUGGGCCAUAUUUUUUGUCCACUUGUUACACAACUGACAAAUGCUGGAUUUAUUCAGUACCUGUAAUCCAGAUAUUUUCACAGGAGCUACCAAAUUGACUCGAUGAUCAGCAUAUUUGCGUGUGCUGAUACGGAGGCUGUGAUUCUGGUUUUCUUCCAGUCUCUCUGCCUUCCAAAUGCACCACACUAGCAGUACCACUCUACUUAUGCUAAUAAGAUGUCUAGCAUCAUUUAUGGCUACAAAAGAUUUGCGUCAACAGUACAACUUCGUUACUGCACCUUUUAGCUUCAUGGGGGUGACGUGGACCAAUAAAACACACCUCAGUAUUUAAAUAAAAUAAUUGCUCGUGCAGUGUGUUAUAGUAUUUUCUGAUUUUCCGGUAUAUUGACUUUGGCUUGUUAUUUGAUCUUGUUGACCUCUGUAAUCCUAACCUGACUCUUGUUGACCUCUGUACUCCGGACCUGAUUAGUUAAAUAAUUCUCCUGUAUUUCUGUUAUCUUGGCUAGAAUUUCCAUUUUCACUAUUUCUCUUUAUACGUUAAAUCUGGCAUUUCUAAGGUCUGGUAAUAUAUUCUUUCUUGUCUUUCUAUCUCCGACUUGAGAGUUUGGGUAGCAAUGUAAAGAUAUACAGUCGCACAAUAGACAAAAAAGUAAGCCAAACAAAAAUAUAUAAUUAACUAGUAUAUCUAUCUAUCUAUCUAAUUUACACUAGAGGGCUAGUCUAAUGUAACGUUUUAUAAAUGACAACUCUUUACUGCCUUAUCGUGGCCUUCUUGUGCUAAUUUCAUAUUAAGGAAAUAUGCAGCUGAAGUACAGUAAGUUAUGUUUGACCGCAUGCACAGAAAUAGGUUAUACCUCGCAAUGUAGCUAAAAAGAAUUAAUUUAAAAGGCAGCCUAAACAUCAUGGUGGUAGCAUGGUGGUGUAUGGAAAUUGGGGUUUCUAUUGGAAAACAAAAAAUAAAUAUAUCAAGUGAUACACAAUGUGUUCAUAUUGUCUCUUAUGAGUAAAAGGUAUGUUGUAUAACAAUAAUAUAUACUAGAUCCAGAAAAUCAACUGAUCUACAGUGUGCUCCGUCUUUGAUGCCUGACCUCCUCAAACUCUAGCACUUAUCACAGACCAGCUGUUCCUUUCCUUUUUAGUGCCGCUGGGGAGUAUUUCCCAGAAGCAGCCCAAGCAGCUUAUCAGAUGUGGGAGCAUAGCGCUUCAAGACAUGUUGAGGUUGGAACAGAAACCAUAAUCUCUCCCCUCCCCGCUCCUCCUGCUUUUUACCCCAGUGGUCACUAUAAACUGGCCAAUACCAGCUAUCCUACGUCUGCUGCUUGCUUGCUGAUUUUUAGUAAUUUAUGCUUUGUAAUUAACACGCUAAUAAUAGUUUCCUGGUUUUCACUAGAUGUGGUGUGGCUGCUAACACGCUCCUUACUCAUGCGAUAUCACCGGUAACUUUUUGCUGGUUUGGUUUGGCUUUCUUGCUAACUUUCCAAUGCAUCCUUAUUCUGUUUAAUCAAUGCUAGCGAUUAAUUACAGGGCCGGAUUUACAUCUCAACUCCAUCUAUGGAUAUGAAAGUUAAUAAUAAGGUCUUUAAGGGCACAUUCGUGAUGACAUUAGACAAUAGCAGAAAGAAGGGUGGAAGUAGGGUUUAGAUAGUUGUCCUGGUCCUUUUGUCUAAAAAUAACAAAACUACAGGAAGUUCUCUAGUUUACUAUGUGGAAAAUCCGGCCCUGGCUAAUUAUCUUUAAUUUUACCUCUGUUAUCAAGGUAUUUGAUUUUGCUGAUAUUGUAAUUACUCCAGUAUUAUAUGGCCCCUAUAAGUGGAUUCAGAAUAAAUUCAGUAUUUACAUAUCAAAUUCUUUUCAGAUUUUCCAUGGCUGGGGUUUUACUGGUUACUUUCCUAAAGCUAGGACAAUUGAUAGGUGCCUCCCAAUUUCUGUGGGACUACGAGUAACAUAAUAAUGCUUCCCAAAAAAGAUGAUCAUGGCCUACUGUUUGUUUUACAUUUAUGUUUUUGCCUAAUGCCAUAAAUAACCAUAAGGAAAUAUCAUUAUUGAGAGAUGUAAGAAGCACGUAAAAAUAACUUGUAUAUAAACUCCAGAACUAUGCAUAAAUUGAUUAUUAUUAUUGCCAUUUAUAUAGCGCCAACAGAUUCCGUAGCGCUUUACAAUAUUAUGAGAGGGGAGAUUUAACUAAAUAGGACAAUUACAAAAAACUUACGGGAACAAUAGGUUGAAGAGGACCCUGCUCGUCAAGCUUUCCUUCUAUAGGAGGUGGGGUGUAAAACACAUUAGGACAGGAAUUUGCAGUCAAAUAAGGUGGGCUGCCCUUUAGGAGAGAGCAAGAGACAGGUAUGUGAGGUAGAGAUUAGUCUUGGAGGCCAUAUGCAUUCCUAAAGAGAUGGGUUUUAAGGCACUUCUUAAAAGAUGCAAGACUAGGGGAGAUUUGUUAGUUAAAGUCCCAGUUCGAAGCCCCAUGCAGGUUUAUACACCCACAACACAAUAGAAGGCAAGCUUCAGUGAAUACACAAGGCCCUAAGAUAUAGCAUGUAGUCAUUGUCAAGGUCCUGAAUGCUAGGAAACUGGAAGUGUAAAAUGGCAGUGCUCAACAAACAUUCCAUAUACAUUCUCAUACAACAGCACAGCGUUCUACAUUUCUUUUAAUCAGGUCAUAAAGCUUGGGAUGUCUGAAAGAUUAAUCAAGUGUACAAAGUAUUGUAAAUAGUCAUUACAAUUUAAGUGUCUGAAGCUAUUCAUCCAGGAUAAUAAUCUAAUUUACCAUUUAAAUGGGAAAAUAUACUGCACCUGUUGCACACAUCUAAAAAGGUUAAAUGGCAAAGAUCACAAAAAGUGAAAUAAUUCUUUAAAAUAAGAAAACUGUCUAGAUGUUAAGGUUACUAAUAACUCUCAAUCUACCUCCCUCCAGGUGAAAGGAACAGUAUACCCAGCAGAUGAUUUCAAUGCAGACAAUGACGGCAAGGCUCUGAGGAAAGCAAUGAAAGGAUUUGGUAAGAUUUGCUGUUGAAGCUCUAUAAUAUGAUAAUUAUGUUUUAGCAAGAACGAUGAGGGUAAUUUAAAGAGAAUUAAAUUCUAGGUUAAAGUUCUAACUGUGGAGCAAUCACCAGAGGACAUAUGCAAUGUAACAACUAUGCUUCAGAACUGAUGUUAUAUAGAACACAAUUUAGGAAAAUGUUUACUUGGAUCUCUCUGAUUUCUCAUUCCAAUAUCACGUUAAAGAGAUGUAAGUGUAGAUUGUAGAGGAAUUUGCAUUGACAGCUUAUAUCCACUACAAUAGUCCGUAGCAUUUAUGGUGCUGAAAGUGCCCCUUAAUGACAGCUCUACGGGAAAGCUAACUAGCAAUACUUUUUUCCUACACGAGUCAGCAGGACACGGUAGCAAAAGUGACUAGCAUUAAGUAAGAUGGCAUGCUCGUGUACAAUGAGCCAGACUCAUUGUCUUAAACUGUUAAAGGAACACUAUAGCGUUAGGAAUACAAAUAUGUGUUCCUAAUCCAAUAGAGCCCUAGUCACUGUUUAAUUAAUUAACCAUUUAUUUGCUUACCUUAAUCCAGCUCCCUCGGCACUGGUGACCUCUCCUCCUCCAUCGACGUCAGCUCCAGAGUGGAGCCAAAUGCGCAUGCGGGGCCAGAGGCACUCGCACGCAUUCAAACCCGCCCAUAGGAAAGCAUUACUCAAUGCUUUCUUAUGGGGAUCUUUUUUGAAGCUGGAUUCCAUGAGGACGUCCAGCGUCAAAUAAGUGCGAUUAACUCCAUGUAAAUUGCAGAAGUUGUCUCUAGUGGUUAUCAGGGAGACAGCCACUAGAGGCUGGAUUAACCCUGCAGUGUAACUGCUAUGUUUUCAGCUGCGGAGUUAAAACUAGGGGGCCCUGCACCCAGACCACUUAAUUGAGCUGAAGUGGUCUGGGUGCCUAUAGUGGUCCUUUAAAGUUAUCUGGUUUCCAAAGUAUGCGAUAACUACACAUGUCCAAAGGUAUCAACCAACUUUUCUUGCCAAUGGUAACUAAUUUUAAUAAGGACUCAAAUUACGCACAUUAGGCACAUAACAUUAGCAUGAACAAUGCAAAAUUGUCUCAGUGACCUAUUCUUUUUUUUGCUUAAUCUUUAUUUAAAUUGUGGCAUUAGCAUAUAACACCAUAAAAAUCAACAAAAUAAAAAAUCAAAUGCUGUAAGUAGUAAGCAUUGACAGACAAAACAAGUGCAACUCCUUUUUUGCAGGCUCCACGUAGAGCAAAACAGGGACUAUCAAAAUGGGAAAUAGAGAAAAAAAUAAAAUAGCUAUAAAUGGUGUGUUGAUUUGCAGGUAGUAAACAAAUAUAGUCACCCAAUAUCCAGUUUACAGAUACUGUCCGAUUCACCUUAAACGGCUGAUGAGGAAUGGGAAACUCCCAAGAGUAAAAACCCUAGGACGAUCUGAUAAUGUCACGUAUUCAUCCGCUUAUAGAAAUGUGGUUAAUGACAUUUACUGUCCACACAGGAAAAGUUGUGCCGAGCAGCAACCUAAUCCACUGAAGGUUUAAUGCUGAGCAGUAAUUGUGCAAAUGAAACCUGGUGUCAUGUAUUCAUCCGCUUAUAGAAAAGUGGUUAAUUACAUUUACUGUCCACACAGGAAAAGUUGUGCCGAGCAGCAACCUAAUCCACAGAAGGGUUAAUGCUGAGCAGCAAUUAUGCAAAUGAAACCUGGUAACUGACUUUGGGGUCAAAGGCCGGUUACAGCCUAUCAGAACUAAAGGAGGGUAUUUAGGCCCAGUUCUCAGCCUGCUCAGUGCCCUGUCGUGGUUUCCCUUGUGGUUGUCUGAGAGCGCGUUCCUGUUUAUAGUUUUCUACCUGGUUUUUUACUUUGGCUUUGUUUAUUGACUUCUCUAUAUUCUGGUAUCCUGACUCCUGGCUUUCCUCAUCGCUGUGUCCCUUUCUGUGUUCCCUGACCUCGCUAGUAUUUUUGACUAUUCUUUGUACGUUAAAUCCGGCCAUUCUAAGGACCGGUAAUACGUUACUUAUUUGUCAUCCGUGCUGUACAGUUCUACGUGCUGGAUCAAACAGUAAUCCUGACAGAUAGCUUCUCAUUGAUCGGAAAUGGCAGCAAACAUAGGAAAUUAUAUCAUUCAUUCUAUCUGCGCCAUAAAAAAACAUAACAUGUGAAAUACAGCUGAGCUGUCAUGGAGGGGACCAGGAUAACUCCAACCAACCCAGGAAGGGAUAUGCUGUUUCCUUCUCCAGGAUUGAAGAUGAGGUUUUAGUUGUGAAAGGCAUAUAUAACAUUCAGUUGUGGAGUAACACAGUGCAAACUGCUUGACAAGUUAGACAAGUUAGAUAGGUGUACAGUACAAGUCAGAAUUGAUUUUAAAAUCAGCAAGUUUACAGGUGCAUGCUAGAUUAGUGUCUGUCCAGCUUGGUGUUGCACCAACGUCCCCUGAUCUGUUUUUCAAUUAUCUGGUCAAUGAUCUAUGGUAAAUUACUAGAUGGUGUCUUCGGUAUUCUCUUCCCAAUGCAAAUCUCUGUAGGGAGUGUUCAGCUUCUCCAUGCAGAGCGUGAAGACACUGCAUACAUUGCAGAACUGAACUCGUAAGGACCUCUAGUGGCUGUCUGAGGGGCUGCCAUUAGAGAUGUUAGUAUGCAGCAAUACAAACACUGCCUUAUUUCUGAAAAGGCAGCAUUUACAUUGAAAAUAUAAUAUAAUUCAGUAUAUAGACACCAUAACUACUACAUUAAGCUGCAGUGGUUCUGCUGACUAUAUUGUCCAUUUAAAGGAUUACUCCAACCAUUAUGAGGUGGGGGCCUUUCCACUGUAAAAUGCCCUACUGGACACUAUGGAAAAGGUUUCCCCCUGCAAAUCUGUAAAAAAAAAGUUUACCUGGAAUCCAGCACUAAGCAAAGCUUUUGCGCUGACUUCCACACCUCCCUUGAUGUCACAGAGGUCGCUCGUAGACCAAUCACAGACUUCUCAUAGUGACUGAAAAUACCAAAACAGCUAGCAUUUCUUAGUGACUGAGAGAGACAUCUUCACUUAUCUACAACACCACUUUUUCUUUUUUCCAAACUCCUAUACAUGACUACCAAACCUAAUGCCUAAACAUAACAAAACAAAAACCAUACAAAAUUGAUAAUUGCUACCUGAAAGCAUCCUAAAUACUGGAAAUGCCAUAACGCCCAAUGCAUGUUUUAGUGCUUCGCCUCAGCAUCUUUGUAUGAGACCAAAAAGACUGAAGUAAACCAUCCCGAUGAUGGUGCUGAUCAAGUGACCAACAUUCUCCAUUUUAAAAUAAAAUACUUCUGGAUGUGCAUGCUUUUUGCUCUGUCAUUUCAGUGGUGAUCAUGUAAUAUGAUAAUGUUGUUUUAUAUAAUGAAUUUUAUUGAUUACAGGUACCGAUGAAGAUGCCAUUAUUGAUAUAAUUACCAAGCGCACUAAUGACCAAAGGCAAGAAAUAUUGAAGGCUUUUAAGUCCCAUUUUGGGCGAGUAAGUAUUUUUGUAGAAGUCCCAGUAUUAAAUACAAAUGUGAUUAAUUAAAACAUGAUAGUUUUAUUAUGGAAGGGCAGCUAAGCCAUUUAUGACAUAUAGGGUAGAUGGAACCAAGUUUUUUAAUCUCUCAUUGAUGGUGGAAAAUGCAAUUGUACAGAUAGGUUAAAUGUAAUUCAUCAAAAUAACAGGUUGUAUAGUGUAACUUGGACUUAUCUUGUGUGGAAUAUUAUAUUUUACAGGGUUAUUCACUAAAGUCCAUAUGGCUCCAUACUAGAUGGGAAAAAACCAUCCAGCUCCAUAUGAGGUCAUGUGGACUGUAAAGUCCAGACAUUAUUCCCGUUAUUCAACUAUGUCCAGAUUUUGCAAUUCAAACCCUGACCAGGCCUGAAUUUCAUCCAGACCAGAUCCAGCAGACAGCAAAUUUCAAACUGCUAAAAGUCAGACCAUAUGUUUUAACUCCAGGCCCAGAGGCUUUAAAAAAACUAAACUAUUUGCUAGCAGCCGGCACAUUAAAAAAAGUAAAAUAAAUCAAUAUAAAAGUCCUAUGGGGGUCAAUAAGAAUCCCAUAUUACUUUCAGGAAAUUAUUUCUCCUUCCUAUCCCCCCUGCUUUCAAUGCAGCAGGUGUGGGCAUAUCUGCUAAACUAAAAAAAAAUAAAACAGAACUGGGCAGCCAUUGCUGCCCAAUCAGUAAAAAAGCCUCAUGGGAGUGGGGCUUGUGAAAGAACUGUGAUUCGUCCCGUGGGUAUCAGUUAGUUGGUGGACGUUAAAAAAAUUAUGAGUGGUGGACUGAUCACUGUCCACCCUCUGCCCACUCCCAUGGCUAGGGGCUGGGGAUCUUAGCAAUAAUAUUAAAGUGGGGAGGACCUAGUGUUCUCCUCAAGGGAAGACACAGUGUCCUAUCCCCAUCUCUACCCAUUAAUGGCAGGUGGGGGAUAGGACAGUGGUCAGUGUUUGUGGGUUCUAAAUAAUAAAACAAUGGGUGGACAUGCUAUUGUGUUUCCUAUAGUGUCCACCCCAUAGGGGCAUGUCCCCCAUCCUGGGUGGGUAGGGCCUGCCCCCAAUUCCCAAACCACCAUCCUUUAAAGAUGUAGGAACCUACCUUCCCUCAUAUUAGUGUGUUAGGCCAUUAAAACUAAUACCUGUUAAACAAAAAAAUAUACUUCCCAUCAGAAGUCUUCUUUCUUCUAAUUCUUCAGCACCAAAAAAGACCAAAUUCAAAUUUAGAAUUCCAGACACAUUUUAAAAAACAACAUUAUUUUAACAAAAGACAAAAAAUAAUUAAAAAUGCAAAACAAUAAAAUCAAUCUGUCUUCCACCCAAGAAGGCUCAACAGAUUGAGCUAUCAUAGCGGGAAAGCCCUUAUAAAGAAUUUCCAAUUUUUUGUCAGCUUAUUGAAUCACAUGGCUAAAUGUCCCAUGCUAUUUAAAAUCAGUAAGAGAGCUCUGAUUGGUUAGAUUGUAUGUCAGCCAAAUCAGAGCACUCUUACAGUCAAGUCUUGAGAGAAUAUUCAUACACGGGGGAAGGAAGGAGUAUGUUCCUUCAAGUAUUUCAUAGGCCUUAUUGCCAUGGGAAGCUGCAUUUCUAGCAACUGUGCAAACAAAGGCUUCUCAGUCGCUAGUUCUAAAAGUUUAGCAGAUAUGCCCCACCUCCUGCAUGGUAGGUGGGGGCAUUGGGAGGUUUUAAACCUCUGUUGUAGUAAUAUGGGGGUCAAUAUUUACUAUUUAAAUUGGAUGGCUGUCUAAGAAGAGCUGGCCAACCACCACAUGGUUAACCAUUAUAAUCCUGAGGGCGAUUUAACUAUUUGCCCACUGGGUGCUAGCACUGUCAGUUGGCCAAUAAUACUUCAAAUUAGUGUUCGCUUGCAUAAAAGCAAGUAAACGACAAUUUGUUAAUAUCCUGCUGGAAUUUAUUUAUCAAUAUCAAUGCUUUGUAAAUCUUCAGAAUCCUAUACUUUGUAUAGGAUUUGGAUGCAAAGCCGUGAUUUUAAUCAGGACAUCAAAUGUAUCCAGACAAUUGCUGUAGUUUCACUCGGGCUGACAAUAGCAUGAGUUUAAAUUUGUAUUCUCUAUUAACUAUUAACUAUAGCGUGAAUCGGCAGAAAUCAAAUAAUUGUAAUCUUUUGUCUUAUUCUGUAGGACCUUAUGGCAGAUCUGAAAUCAGAACUUUCUGGUACUGUGGGCAAAGUGAUCCUCGGUCUUAUGCUAACUCCUGCCCAGUUUGAUGCCAAACAGAUAAACAAAGCCAUUGUGGUAUUUCUUUUUUUCUUAUUUUCACAACUUUGCUUCAGUGUUUUUCAUAAAUCUUCUGUAUUGUUACAUAGUUACAUAGUAAUAUAGAUUAACAAAGACCCUGAAUAAUAUGAUGCAUUACUCUCUACUGCAAGAAGCAAAUGUUAAAAAUGUAACUACAUGUUUUGCUAAAAAUGUGAAUUAGUUGAGCUAUUUAAUGCAUGAGAAAUUUAACAGGAGAAAAACAAUAACCUAAAAGCAUGCAGAGAAACUAUCUUUCUUGUAACCAGUUAGAAAGUGACAUCAUUUUCUCAAUGUUUAUAUAAAUUUACCUUUUUAGUUGUACAUCUCUUCUCACAGCUGAGCUCUCUACAUUUGUUUGCAUUAUUUGUUUGAGCAGGUCUGUGAAGGCAAAGCUUUGGAGCAAAAUUCGAUGUUUAAAUACUAAAUGUUAAAUUAUAUUAAACUUGAUGGAAAGAAGCUUAUAGGCUGACUCUUGGAAUUUUCCAGGUGAUUGCACAGUGCUGAGUUGGAUCAUCGAUCUUUUACCAUUGAAUAUGGUUUAAUGUAAUCUUCACUGUAUCUUCCCAUGCCAUUCAGAAUUUUUCUCUGCUGUUUUAUUUUAUUUAUUUUCUGAAUGAUGCCCCCAAUUAUAAUGAUUUAACUUCAUACCUGAGAUCCUCCGCCAAACACCGGUCACCUCCUCGCUAAGAGCGCUUUGCAUGGAGGUAAACCCUGCUUGGCAGGAUGUGACUAGUGUCUGGCAGAGUUUAGGUAAAAAGUCAAUCCAUUUGCAAACACUCUCACUAUAUACAUUAAGGGAUUAUGGUGCUUGGAGUGUUCCUUUAAGAAAACAUUCUCUUUUUGUAGAGAGGUUGGGUUGCACUGAACACAUGGCUUGAAUGUUGUAUUCCAAUAACAACCAUUGCUUUUAAAGGCCCACUGCAUACAGUUAGGGACGUUACAUAUUGCAAAUGAAUAACACAGUGACAUUUUUGUGUUUCCUAUAUAGUCUGUUGAAGCAGUGACUAUAAAAUGGUACAACUUUCAAAUGCUAAAAAUCUUUCAUUAAAAAUAUUGGUGAUCUGUGACUUUAACAAGAUGAUUAAAAUCACAAGCUAGUCUCCUUCCCUUGUAAAUAUUCAGCUAAAACCCAUAGAUCCCUUACUACAACCAAACAUCACCCAGACAGUGAUUACAUUCUUUGUACUUACAGGGAGCAGGAACGGAUGAAAAUGCCCUCGUUGAAAUCUUGGCCACAAGAACAAAUGCAGAGAUCCAUGCCAUAAAUCAGGCUUAUCAGGAAGGUAAGACGAUGAAAUACAAUUUAGAAACAUGAUCUCCCCCUAAUAAAAUAAAGGCAAAUCGUGGAUUAUUCAGGUAUCUUUACUAAAGCAACAAUUCAAAGUGAAUUCAAGAUUAAUUUCAUCAGCCUAAGUGGCUGAUCUUCCAGUUCAUUCUCUAAAGUAAGAAUGCUAAGUGAAUUCAAAGCGUAUUUCAAAUUUUAUAUCCAAGUAGCUACACUGGAAGCAAUUUGGCUAUUUUGACCUAAAGUUUGAAAUUCUCUGUGUAUGUUAAAAUAAUGUAAUGUAAAUUUAAUAUAAAAAUUAUGUGAAACAGCAUCCUUUUUAAUAAAUCAAUGUUCAUAUAAAAAAGAAAUAUAUAAUAUAAAAGAUUGUAACAGUAGAUUGUGUAUUAUUGGAAAUUAAGGUACAUCUUAAACCAUUAUCAAACAAUAUUUUUCCCUAACGCAAACUUCACUAUUACGUAUGUUUUAUAUUGCAUGAUCAUCAGCCAAGGUACACAGUCACCCCGUGUAACACACAAUUUACCAUCCAUCCUCCCAAUGAACACACUUCGCAUUUAAGCCCGUGCAUGUGUGCUUCAGCAGUGUUUAGUGCAUGUCUAGAUCUGAUUGACUGCUUUCUGGGCAGCAGGUCAGAGUGUCUUCAGGCCCUAUGAGCAUAAAGACCAAGAUACUCAUCCCACUAUAAGAGGUAGAAAGAGGGAGACACUAUCUGUGUGUGUGAUAUAUAUAUAGUGCAGCUGCUUCUAUGGAUUUAUAUAUGUACAUCAUAAUAAUCUACAAUACACAAGGAAUUAGUGCUCAAUACAAAACAAUCACUGGUCUACAAUUAUUAUUAUUAUUGAAUAAAAUUACAGAAGAUUUCUAAGAAUAUCUAUAAUACAGAUAGACUAUAAUAUAGUUUGAUUUUUUUUUUAAGCUAAAAUGUUUUUCUUUUUUGUUACACGUAUUGGUCAAAGUUUUUGUCUUCCAUUGUUAUAGCUGAGUAAGCAACAACAAAUCCCAUAGUUUUACCUAUGACAAUAAAAUAUACCACAAUCCUGUAAAAUGUCCCUUUAACAUUGUUUGUCUUCCUCUUUCCAAACAGCUUAUCAUAAGUCCCUGGAAGAUGCUGUACGAUCUGACACAUCCGGACAUUUCAAACGUAUCCUUGUAUCACUGUCAUCGGUUGGUAGUCCACUUACCAUGUAUUUCCAAACCAUGUUCUAGACAUGAUAAAGAAUGAUAUAGCCAUAUCAAAGAAAGUAGAUCAUUCUCUGAGAAAAACACCACAAACAGAAAUUGCAGUACUAGAAAUCUAUACUAUUAACCCCAUUUUUACAAAUCUCUACCUGGUGAAGUAGCCACAGAGCUGUGCCUUUAGUUGCACUUAUAGUUUCUUCUCCCACUUAUCAUACUCUAGCUCACAUAGUUGGGCUCCUGGUCUCUAAUAAAAUGGAGCUGUUAAAGGAAGUAUGAAAAAAAUAAAAAAAAACUCCAUGAAGGGAAAGAGCCUGCUGGCUAAUGGACAUCCAUCAGUAAGAUGUCUAGCAGCCACCUCUAGAAAGUAUGAGGUUGUUGCCAGCAGAGGUGAAGUGAAUCUUCUAUUUAUAUGUUCACCUCCUGCAUUGUUAUACUUUUUUUCAACCUAUAGGAGGAGCUACCUAGCACUGAAUAAAUAAAUGUACUAUGUCAUUUGCCAAUAAUGAAAUAAUAAUGCUGUGCAAUGAACUCAUAAAUGUGUAUUUCCAUAAAUCAAUAAGGAGCUAUAGAUGCCUAUAUGUGUUUAAAUGAUAAAUUACAAGAUUGCCAAGAUGAGAGGAUUAUCUGAAAUGUUUGAGUACCAAUGAUAUAUUUUAAAUUCACUGUCAAUACAUUUGCAAACAUGCUGCCAUUGUGAAACAAUAGGACAACGUGGAGUGGGACUAUUUAUUUACAAAGUAUAUCUGUCUCCUGUUAGGGUAACCGAGAUGAAAAUAAUGAGGAUUUGGAUAAAGCAAGUGAGGAUGCCAAGGUGAGAUCACAAUACAUUCAUUUGUAUAAAAUGGUCACACACACACACAAAAAUCACCUUUAAAUGUAUCAAUUUUGUCCAGGUGUCUGUAGUGUCUCUUUAAUGCUACUUUGUUAUAGAUGCAGUUGAGUUCUUUAUAUAACUUCUAUAAAACUGUUCCAUUUACCCCAAUAAGAAUAAUCAAAAACCCACAUUUUUGCAAAUCAUAUUGUUGAAAAUGAUUACAUUGUUAAAUGUCAGUGACAUGUCAGUAUGGUUGAGGAACACAGAAUUAGCUUAACCAUGUCUUGAAGCAGUUAAUUGAAAUUUGUGUAUUAACCUUACCCUUUUUCUUUUCAUUCUGCCUAUAGGUUCUUGCUUCAGUCUUGGUGAGUAAAUGUCCAUGUCAAUUAUACUCUCUGUGUCAUGAGAGCUUUUCUAUAAAUCCAUAUAUUACAACCUAUAAAAAAUCAUGGUUAAUCUGGGGUUUAGCAUGCUAUGUGUUUUGAUUGUCAUUACUCUUAUAUGCAUUAUUCUUUUUUUAAAUAUUCAUUUUUUUGUGUGUGAUAUUGAUGUAACCAUUGUUUUGAAUAAAUCAUUUUGUGUAGGAAGUGUCUGAUUCUGGAUCAGGUGAUGCUAGCUCCUUGGAAACACGCUUUAUGACCAUCCUGUGCACUCGUAGCUAUCCACAUCUAAGAAGAGGUCAGUCACCACCCUUCUGAAGAUCUAUGCAUGAGACUCUCCUGUUUCUUCAUUGUUAUUAUUAUUAUUAAACUUUUACUGCAUAUUCUCUACAUGUGAAACUGGUGAUUCACCUAAUGUAAUCCAUUGGGUGGAUUCAAUGGCCUGGCCUCCAUUACAAAUAAGCCUACUAAUAUUCUUCUACUCAUGCAAUCUUCAACACUCUAGAAGGCUUCAGCUGAUAUCAGGUUCUAUACGCAAUAGAAAACUAAAUAGCAUGUUGGUAAUGUUAUUGACAAUUAGAAAAUUUCAAAGGAGGAAAAAUAUUUUUACAUUCAAGUAGAUUUUGGAGUCUUUGUUUAAAUAGGUCUUAUUUGGCUUUUUAGCUAACAACCAUAUAUGUCAGUUACCUAUAAGAAAGAUAUAAGAACAGAAGACCACUUAUCUUGGCGGAUUUCCUGGGUGCCAACACCCAGCUCCAUGUAAGCUCUUAAAAUUAGCACCAAAGUGGGGGGGAGCUAACCAACGAUCAGACUAGAUGCAUGUUGCCUCAGGUCCUGCUAAACUUCGCUUUAAAGCUGAUUUUUCACGCACCUGGGCCCUUGCAAACACCUCAAAGGCAAACAAUACACCAUGGGAAAGCACUCCCGAAAAUUCCAAGGGCAUAUCGAGAGCCAAACCCGAGAUAUUUGCAUGCUUCUAUCGCAGCCAUGUAGGGCCAAUAUGGCGGAGUUAUGGUCUGAAUCACCACAAGACUUCCUCUCGGCCUCUGAGGACGAGGACCUCGAACUGUCGGAAGCACCAUCCCCUUGCCGCAGCAGCAGGGUAUAACCAAGACCCGAACCUCCCCUGUUUUUCAAAACAGAUCUUACCUCCAUGGUGACAGACCUCAAAGCCUUCUUUGCCUCAGAGAUGGCGGUGCUGAGGGAAGACUUGGGCACGCUGACGGGACUCAUCAAAGCCACAGAGGAAGAUAUCCAUGACAUACGGAUUAAACAUGAUUCAACAGUGGAGAAACUACUGGAGGUUAUCAACACGUGCAUAGAGGACAACACGCGACAACAUAACCUGAAGGUGUGGGGCAUACCUGACACCAUUGACUCAGCAGAACUUCCGCAAUUCAUUCGGAGGCUGCUUACCACCUAAACAGGCACAGGAACUAUCUUUAGAUGGACUCUACAGAAUCCCGGGAAGGCCCAAUGCCAACGCCCUGACACCCAAAGAUGUCAUCUUCAAAUCCAGGUCUGUUAAAGACACACUACUGAACGCAAUCAGGGGCUCAACACCUUAUAUCUUUGAGGAACACUCUUUAAGUUUUUUCCAAGACCUGAGUUGCCCAAAGCUGCAGUGGUGCACAUCACUGAAGGGGAUGACUUCACAGCUACGGUCAGCCGCCAUCACCUACAACUGGGGACAUCCGUGACCCCUUAUAGCUGAAAAAGAUGGCGGAUGCUUUAGACUGACAUCUGCAUCUGAAGCUGACAUGUUCCUGCACUCACUGGGACUUUCUGCCCCUGCCACAGCAACCAACUCCAACUCCAAAUAUUUUUAAAGGCCCUGAAGCAAACGCAGGCCAAAUCUGCCCGGGUAUAACUAAUGGACACCAGAUCUACCCAUGUGUGGGAUCUUGCAAAUACAUAUUGCAGCCUUUCAACAACUAAAAAUGAAAGCGCAUAAUCUAUCCUAAUUAAAACACAUCCAUAAUAAAAUUGCCACAUAAAAUAUAACAUUUAAUAUAUAUUAUUAAAAAGAUAAAAUAACCUUAAAACACUGGAAUACAAAUGAGGGAAAAGAUAUACAGAGGAUAUUGCUCUAUAUUAUAAGUACAUUUGACUAAGGAGGUUCUAGUUCCUAUAGAAUAGGAGUGAAAAUGAUCAACAGUAGAUUCUCCAAAUGUAACCAUAAGUCAUUAGAUUGUUUGAGCUGCAGAUCAUAGAGAUAGUUAUUUUUCAGUAAAGUUGUCCACAUACCUUCUCUCUCAUUUAAUAUAGUUUGUUUAGUUUAUAGUUUUUUUCUCUUUAUUUGGACUUGUCUUUGUUGGUCACUCUGCAUUGCUCUUUAGUACUUAUAUAUCUUUCCAAUUCUGUCUUGUUAGUUUUCCAGGAGUUUAUUAAGCAGACAAACCAUGAUGUGGAACACACCAUAAAGAAAGAAAUGUCAGGAGAUGUAAAGAGUGCUUUUGUAGCUAUAGGUGAGUUCUCAACACAGUUCUUAGAUGCAUCUAUAUAUGUUUUGGUAAUUAUAAUAUCUCAAUGUACAAAGGUUUGUUUGUCUCAUUAAAUGCCCAAUAGUCAUGUGAGGCCUUGGUAUUUCGGAUUUAACAAAAAAUGUCCCUAUUCCUUAAGCGGUGAAGCAGUGAAGAGAUUGCAAUCAAUCAACAUACAUUUUAUUAGAGCCAUUAUCAUUAUUAAAUUCUACAGUUCUAAAUAAUUUAAUAAACAACUGACAACACUUUUCAGCAAAUUAAUGUAUACCCUACGCUCUGAUCCCGCAAGGGGAGAGGGAAAGGAAGAGUGGGAGGGAGGUAAAAGAGUAGGAGUGAGGGUGGGAUAAAAAUAUAUAUCAGCACGGGGAUAGGGAAGCUGGAGGGUACAAAUAAUGUGGGAGGAAGAGGAGACAAGAGCUUCUCCCUUGCAGGAGCUCUGCCUACAAGGGAGAAGCUGUUACAUCUGUCAGUAGCAUGCUGAACACGCUAGUGACAGAUGUAAAUUAUGCACUAAAUCCAGAUCCUUAUCCAGUGCCGAGCAAUCUCAGAGGUGGAAACAGGUAAGUGUAAAAAAGGGUUUUAACCUUUUCAAAGCCAGGUGGGAGGGUGGGGGUACGUAAGUUGAGGAUGUCGUAGCAUUAGGAAUACAGUUUCAUAUUUCUAAUUCUAUAAUUUUCCUUUAAGUUAACAUACAGUACUGGCUGAAGGUCAGCGAUUAUCAGACAGAAACAAGACAAGGAUUGUGAGCCCUAAGUCUUUAAGACAGAAAUAUUUUAUGUCUUUUUGCAUUGCUGAUUUUCUAAUUUAUUUUAAUUCUCUAGUGCGCAGUGUGAAAAAUAAGCCAGCCUUCUUUGCAGAACAACUCAAGAAAGCGAUGAAGGUAAGAUUAAUAUUUUGUCAUACUUUAAAGGGACACUAUAGUCACCUAAACAAGUUUAGCUUAAUGGAGCAGGUUUAGUGUAUAGAUUAUGCUUCCCAGGUUUCACUGCUUAAUUCACUGCCAUUUAGGAGUUAAAUCACUUUGUUUCUGUUUAUGCAGCCCUUGUCACACCUCCCUUGACUCUGAUUGACACAGCCUGCAUGAAAAAAAAAAUGGUUUCACUUUUAAUCAGAUGUAAAUUACCUUAAACAAUUGUAUCUCUUUCUCUGAGAAUUGAACUUUAAUCACAUACAGGAGGCUCUUGCAGUGUCUAGCAGGCUAUUAGCAUAGCAGGGGACAAGAAACUCUAAAUUAAACAGAACUUGCAAUAAAGGAAGGAUAAACAUUAGAUGACUCUUUACAGGUAGUGUUUAGGAAGGCUGUGCAAGUCACAUGCAGGGAAGUGUGACUAGGGUUCAUAAACAAAGUGAUUUAACUCCUAAAUGACAGAGAAUUGAGCACUGAGACUGCAAGUACAUGAUCUAUACACCAAAACUGCUUCAUUAAGCUAAAGUUGUUUUGGUGACUAUAGUGUCCCUUUAAUGAAUGCUAAACCAUAAUGGGAUGUUUAUAGCUUUCUGAUUUUGACUUUAUCAUCCAUGCAUUUUAUGAAAGAUUGUAUUGGUUCUAUUCUUUCCUCUACACACAGUCAUGGGAAAACACAGAGAUUUGUUUGAGUCCAUUUACUGCAGAGCAUACAUUUGUAGCCUCCUGGAAAGGGCCAAUGAUUUUAAACAAUGUCUCGGUCAUUUAAUUUAAUACUUGUUUCAAAGUUGAAUAUCAUUUUGCAUGCACCUACUCUUGCAUUUAAGCAAUCAUCCAGUCCUUUCACAACAAUUACACCAUCAUUUUCUAAAAAGAGAUAUACUUUUAAAAAUGAGUAUGAAAGAUUAGUUUAACCAUAUUUAAAAGAUCAUUACCAGGCAACAGGGAUAAAUAUAAACAAAUGGAAAAUGAAUCCAUGGAUAUAAAUAAAUAUGAAACACAUAUCCUUCAAAACACUGCUCACCUUAUCACAGCUGGGAGCACCGACCCGGCAAUGACACUUGUAACACAAAAAUAAAAGUAAAAUUAUACCGUUUAUGUGUAAGUGCUGAAAUAUGCAUCAAGCAGUUUGAAAAUACUUUUUUUUUUUUUUACUUUCGGCAUACAGUACAAAGGUCCAAAGCACAUAAUAUGUUAUAAGUACUUUUUAUUUCCUUUUGGUUGUAUUUGUCCCUGUGUAUUAUAGCUGUCAUGUUGGACUAUUAGAAUAUAUACCUAACUUUUUUUUAACCUCAAGAAUAAAGUAGAAAAUUGAGAGUGAAUGCAUUUGGGGAAACAAAAGUGCAGUGACGGUUUAAAUGUUUUCUAACAUAAGCCCUGUCAGCCCCAGAUUAUCACAAGACGUUCCUCCAAGAAAAAAGAAACAAUAGUCUAAUUACUGCUCAGGCUGUUGUUCUAAAGCCCCUGAAGGAUAGGACCUAUGUUUCCAAUGUUUGGAAGACGUAGCAGAAUGAAAAUCUGGAGAUGCAGUUUCUUCAGGAAUCAGAUUAAUUUAUCCACAACUAUGGAUAAAUUAAUAAACUUGGUCAGAUAGACCCUGAAAAUUAUGAUAGAAAAGGCUCAAAUCCCAGACGCAAGUCCGGCCACUCUAAGGUCCAGUAAACGUCUUCCUCUGGGUUUCACUCUGUGUGAAGGGGUCACUGUCGUGACACAAAGGAGUCUAAACGAUGGGGUGCAGUUCCUAAGGUAGAUGGUGCAGUCACGAGAUUGGCAAAGAAAGCUAUUCUACAUAUUGACAGAGUGACAUACGUGAUGGAGCCUAUGGAGAAAAGAUUGAACUCAGACCUGAGAAAAGCAUAUCUGGCUUGUGGGUCUGGUCUUCAUCAUGUAGUGGUUCUAACCUCGAAAAUCUGAAACAAGGCAUUGAUAGUGGAUUUGGUAGAGACACCAAGACUCACUCAAAGACUUAAAGUUAGCCUCAGAUUUUAUUACUGAAGCCAGAAUACUUUUACUUUUAUUAUAGAAGCCCAAGGGGCAAGGGCUAGCAUCCAAGAAUUUUUGAAGGUUUGCUGGCCCAGACGAGGAUAGUUGGGGCCUUCUAAAAAUAAUUCUUCAGUCUGGGCCAAAUGCAUCACAGACCAAUGGGUUCUAAGCCUCAUUACAUAAGGUUACAGAAGGAAGUUGCAAGAAUAUCUACACUGUACAUUUUCACCAGGUUACAUUUUCAAAGGUUACAAGUCAGCAACAGGCCAUCCUAUGAAAGAAGAUUCAGAGGCUUCUAUUCAAAUGUAGUUUGGCCUCCAAACCACACGGAAAAUAUAAAUUAUCUUAGUCAAGAAAGAAAAGUAAAUUCAAUUCUAAGAAGGUUGUAUUUCAAGACGGAGUCCAUAUUGUCUAUCCAGCAAGUUAUUUAUCAAGAGGAUUGGCUCACAUCGAUAGAUUUGAAGGAUGCCUAUUAGCAAAUUGCCAUCCAUCCUGCUCACCAACGGUUUCUGAUGGAGAAGCAUUUCCAAUUCCAGUGAAUGCCCUUUGGCCUUAGUCUGGCUCCUAGAACCUUCCCCAAAGUUUUGAUUACCAUAGUGGCAGUUCUCAGAAUAAGAGGCAUCCAAAUCCCAUUUUCUGGAUGACAUCUUGAUAGUAGCACAACAUCCCAAGACUACUGUUAUUCAUGCUCAGGACGUGCUACAGACUCUUCAGCUGUUCAUAUGGCUGAUCAACAUUGAGAAGAGUAUGUUACAACCAGCAAGAUCCAUGAUAUGUCCUAAUAGAUACCAAGCUAGCAACUGUGUCCCUUUUCAUCUUUACUUCUGAGAUACGCAAAGGGGAAGCAACUUUCAAGACUACAAACUGUAGUGGACACAUUUUCCAAAGUGGAUACAUUUACAAGAGGAUUGGCACUUUUCUGGGUUUCUAGGACAAAGAUGCUGGUCCUCAGACCUCAGUUUUGCCAAGUACUAUAAACUAGAUCUGAUUUUGGAAAAGGUAUUCUGGCCUUGGUGGUUUUUCGUGACUAAUAAAGUUUCUUUGCAUCAUAUAAAUCUCUGGUGUUUCUUUUCACUCAGUUCUGUGGAGUGUGGGUAGUACCCAUAACGGAUGCUGCCAUGUUUAGCCAGAAAAGCAGAAAAUGAAUUACAUACUUGCUGUAAUUUCCUUUUCCUGGCUAUGUUACAUGGUAACAUCACGCUCCCUCCCUUCGGGGUUGAUUUGUAUACAGCUUUCUAACAUACUGAGGAGCUCAGAGAGUAGGGGGGUGGGGGGCUAUCCAUAGUUAAUUGAUUAAUUUAUCAUCUCUCAGGCUAGAGACGAGCUGCCCUUAUGUGAUGCUGCCAUGUAACAUAACCAAGAAAAGGAAAUUACAGCAAGUAUAUCAUCAAUUUUCUACCUUAGUGAAUAACCCUGUAAGUUUGUGCAGUAUUUAGUACUAGCACUAUAUUAGUACUUUCAGUACUGAUUGUGUUCCACUGCUAAAUUCAAAUGAAAUUUAUUUUUCCAGGGGGCUGGUACAGAUGAAAGGACACUCAACAGGAUUUUGAUUUCCAGGAGUGAAACUGACUUAUUGAACAUACGUCAUGAGUUUAAGACUAUGUACGAGAAGUCUCUGCAUCAUUGUAUUGAGGUGAGCAUCAAAGCUGAGGUUGUUUCUUAUAGGACCAUUUUGUGGGUGUGGGGUGACAAAAUAAACAUAUGUGUGACUAAAUAUUAGUUCUCUUUUUACUUACAUUCACCAAACCUGUGAGGACACUAGAAAUGGAAAGAGUCUGCACCGAAAAAGUUAAAUAUAAGAAAAGUAGCAAGUUAAAAAAGUAGUAUCUGUAUCCAUAAACAACCACUAAAUUGAGCAAAAGUUCUCUCUGACUUUGUUCAAUGAAAAAAGUAAAUAUACACCUCACGCAAAAACUCAUGCAGAGUGAACAGAAUGAAUGGCUUUUUCUCCAGGAAACUGGUUAGUGUUUUGUAGGUCCUAUAUGUAUGCAUAAUAUAUAUAAAAUAAUUAUAUCUUUCACUUACUAUGUUAAAGAACACAUAUAUGUUAAAACUAAGAGCUUACCAGUAUAAUCAAAGGGAUACGUUUUAAAUCUCUGUUAAAUAGAAUUCACUGUAGGUCAAGGAUCUUCUUGACUACAGAGAGGGUGAAUAGGAUAGUUUUGUUAAGCAGGCACAACAUUCCUGUAAAAUUGCAAAAAUAAUCUUUUAGAACUUUAGAACUGCCAUAUCGAGGGCAAGUUUUUGAUUUUUCUAAAGCUUCUUUCUGAUAUGUAGAUACUGCACAGUGGCAUAUUUAGCGUGUUUUUCUUCUUCCAAACUUUAGCGUUGCAGAACUUUCCAACACGGAACUAAAACUUGUGGAAUGCUUAUGAGCCAGGGACGAAGAAACAAUACUAUCACUAAACAUUUCGACUCUAAGCCAUGCAUUGAUAUAAGAAUGGGUGAUAUGGAUGGAUAGAUGAAAAUAACUGGAUUCACUAUUUAUUAUUCUGUUUUACAGAGUGAAACCUCUGGGGACUACCGCAAAGCCCUGCUGUCCAUCUGCGGUGGGGAUGACUAAGUUGCUAAUACCUGUAACACUGAAGCCUAAUCAGUGGUUUUCAAGAGUUCAUGUACCAAAAUCUUUGCAGUGGAUAGAGUACUGAAUCUACUGAGCACCAGUGAAAAGAUAUCGUCACAAAGCAAAGAAAGUGCACCAAAGAUAUAAUGGGGAUUGGGAAGGGAGGGAGACUGGGAGGGAGAUGCUGAAAAUGGGGUAGUUUUUUUUUAAUUUCCAAGACUUUAGCAUAUGGGUUGAAGCUACCUUGUCCAAUAAUUGUAGAUCUUUCCUGAAUAAAGGAGUACCCAACCUAGAUCGAAUAAAACGUGUAAUGAUGGCAUAUCACAUGGACAUUCCUUUUAUUUUUUUCUUCAGUUUCUUUGUUUCUCUAGAUAAGUUUGAAAUACAGGAGAAAAAGUAAGUAAGUGAGAGUGCUGUAAGCUGGAACAUCAAAUGUCAAGACCUACUUAAUGCAGCAUACCUACAUAUUAGAUCAACUCCCCAUUUCACAUAAGAGAUGGUGACCUAAACCUUCUCCACAGGACUGGUAGAGAUGUUGUAUUCGUGAUUGUGUGGACAGCCAUUAGAGGGAUUUCCAAGACAAUUUUUGCAGGCCCUAUGUUCAGCGUCUCCAAACUCUUGUGCAUGGAGCAGUUGACUACUCACCGUAGAGAUGUAUUGCAUAGUUACAUAGGCUGAAAAGAGACAUGCAUCAGACAUGCACUGCAGAAUGGCAGUCAUCAGAUCUCUCCUUGGAUCAAGAAGCGAUUACCCACAUAUUAAAAAUUACAGCCCUGGAAUUUAUGUUUUUUGAAAGUAUUCAUCCACUAUUUAAACUUUUGUACAUACUCUUAUAAAAUCACGUCUUCGAACAGAGAAUUCCACAUCCUUAUUGUAUUUACUGUAAAAAAAAAAAAAAACCUAACCUUU